AGUCGAGGCGGAGAGGAGCAGGGAGGCAAGGCAAACGCACCGGAUUUGCAGAAAGCAAAGCGCGUUGGGCUUAAUCUCGCGGUCCGGCUGCCCCCCAAGGCUGGAGGAGCUGGCACGGCUCGACGGGCGCAGACGUAGGCAAACACAGGCGGUGAUGGGAAAAGAGGAAUAAGCGUGCAUGCGAGAAGGAAGGAAGGACGGCCGGCUGCAGGAGCCUGGAAGAGACGGGACUCGGGAGCCCUCGGCCAUGAUGACCAUCUGCAUCGAGCACCAUCGCUGCUGCUUGUAGGUUGAUGUACACCUUGAAUGGGCGCGCGAGCGAGGGAUCCUUGCUCUGCCAGUGCGGCAGGAGGAGCUGCGAGAGCUGCUAACGGGGAGAAUGGUCGCUGCUGCUGCUGCAGCCAUGAUUUUUCGGCUGCUCCAUUGAUGUUUUGCUCGGAUUCUGAUAGGUUGGAGGAGGGCGGGGGAAGCCAGCCUUUGGCCGCUACCAGCACUUCCCCGCGAUUCCUAUGGCAUUGCAGACCCGAUGCUGCUUUGCUUUGCUCCCUGCCGUCUUUCGGGUCAAGCCCAAAGGCAGCCUGCUUUGCCUAAUUCGCCCGGGCCUUUUGUGUUGCAGAUCACAGUUGGCCGAGCCUUUCUGUGCUGAAUCGACCUAUUGUUUUGGGACCCCAGAGCUUCCACGCUGCAGAUCGCUUCUCUUCUCCCCCCCUCCCCCCUUUUUUUCGGUCGCUCUCCUCCUCCUCCUCCUCCACCGCCACUACCCCCCCGCCUUAGAAGCCACAUAAUUUGCCUCUCCUCCACAUGACUCUGGAAGCUACAAGCCGGGCUUGAGCGCCAAUGAAGUGUAAUGCAUUGUGGGACGUGUGUAAAAGAAUUGGAUCUUUCCAAGGGGGGAAAGGAAAGGACCUGCGGUCUGCUUGAUGGACAAGGUAGUGGCAAAAUGUUGCUUGCAGCGCCGACCCGAGCGGUGCCUGUAAAGAGACGGGUGUAAAACGAGUGCAGCGAGCAAGCCGUGAGGCCUCCUGGCUCAUGCCGCUCCUGCUGCUGCUGUUGCUGCUGCUCGUGGUGGAUUAGACUGCAGGUAGCCUCAAAAUGAAGAAGACGCGAAGUACAACCUUGCGGCGAGCCUGGCCUAGCUCUGAUUUUUCUGACCGGGCCUCUGAUCGCAUGAGGUCCCGCAGUGAAAAGGACUACCGCCUGCACAAACAUUUCCCCCCAGCUUUCCUUUCCCAGGCUUCACGGGGCUACAUGACAUCUGGUCAGUAACUGGCUGUGUGUGUUUGUGUGUGUGUGUGUAGAGCUGUAUGUUUGUUUCAAGGCAUGGGCUCGCAUGUUUGUUUAUCUCCCCUGUGCUGUGUAAAAAAAAAAAGGGGGGUUAUCUUGUGACUGAUUAACAUAGGUUGUAAUGAAUAAUGCAAUUUCUUUUAAAGCUCACAUCCACCAUUUUGUACCUCAGGAAGAUUCACAGCAGGGCCUGCUCAAUAUGGUGUUUAAAGCCUUCCAGCCCCCCCCCUUCCCCCUAAAAUAAAUGGAGAGAAAAAUGGUCAGAUCAGUAUUUUCAACGAAUCAAAAUGCCUAGUAGAUGUGAUCCCAGAAGUCUCUCCCCCCCCCCCCCCCCAAAUCUGCAUCCCUGGUCUCCUUCUGCUAAAUCAUGAUUACCAAAUCAGAUAUUGUCUCUUAAUCCAGCUAAAUGCAAUUAUCUCAAUAGGCAUUUCUGCGUUUCAUUUUCUAAACAACAACAAAAAGUGUCGCUGCUGUUGGGGGUUCUGUGAAUAGAGCCUUCGUGUCCCAGUUGACUGUUUUUGUCUAGGGAAGUUCUUUUUGGUUAUACAAAAAUAAGUAUAAAUAUAAACAUUUGUGUGUUAGGAGGACAGGGUGUCUGUGGAUAUGUAUCACAUGUGUAUGUUCAUCUAUUCAACUGCUUCAGUGGAAGCUCUUUAGAAAUAAUGGACACUGCACCAACAUGCUUGUGCAUGCAUGGCAGGAUAAGAGCACAAACAAUAAAGCUGUGGAAGAUUAUAACAAGGGGAAACAGUCAUCUUUUAAUAAAAAUUAUGAAAGGAAAUUCCUCAUCCCUCCCUUUUAAUGAUGCCUUUAUGUUCCAUUCAUUCUAUGAUUCCCUUUUGAGAUGUUCAGGAGGGAACAGGAAAUAAUCUUUAAGAGAAUGUUGACGAGAAGGACAAAAUAUGUUGGAAGCCUCCUUUGUUGUUUGACUGCUUCGUUAGUGUGACAAUCCGACAUAAUGUUUCAUGACCAUGAUGCCAAAUAUCCCAUUUAUCAUCAAGGCAUAUUUUUCCCUGUGAGACUCACUUUAGCUUAGAGAAAUGAAGAUUUCUUAUACGUAUCUAGAAAAGGUUUUCCAUCUCCUUCCUGUAUCCCAUCCCCAGAUUCAAGUCAAACUUAGUGGUUAUCAGCAAUUUACAUACCUAACUUAUUCUUUUGCAUUCUAAUAAAUAUGUCACUUUAAACAGUACUGGAGCAGAUUCUUAUGCUUUAAGAAUCUCUUGUGAACAUUCUUUUGUCAGCAACCAUAAACAUAAAAAAUAAAUCUUUUAUGGAAAUAUUACUUGACUAAGUUUUGGUGAACAAGCUUAUCUGUUUUGCUCAGAAGGUAUGCAGUAAAUGAAAUGACAAGUGCAAUUUAUGCUUUAAGGAGCUGAAAGGCAACUAUAUUGUUUAUAGUUUGGUUGCUGCAGUACAUAUAGCAACACACCUAUGAGAAAUCUGGCCUCACUGUAUACACCUAGAAUCUGAGCUGGUGUUCAUUAUCACAGUACAGUUUUUCCCCCCUCCCAAAAAAAGAGAGAGAUUUGAAACAUUUUAGAUCAGAAUGAUUAGAUAAUGCCCAACAGAAUAGACAAUUAGUUUUCUGCAACUGUAUUAAGACUAUGGAGUGUUGGGUUGAAAUGAGGGGGGAAACAGGUUUCUUUGUUUUACUUGAAAGCAGUGUUGUUGAAAGAGUUGUCCUUUUAACAGAUGUAUUUCUCCUAAGAGUUUUAUAGGUGACAAUUAGCAUGAAUUAAAUGCAAAGUAUGUGUGUAUUCAUAAAAACAAACUCUGGAGAGUGGUUGCAUGGUCCAGUUUGAUUAUCAACACUGAGUUGUCUGAUUCCAGAGGUGUGUGUAUGUGUGCAAGUAAUAUAGACACAUAUAUGAGUCUGUACUUGUUUGGGGGAUGGGAAGGUAAUGCCUAUUGUGUCUGGACAUUCUAAAACAGAAUGUUACAUCUUUGAAUAUCCUAGAGGCAAUAAUCUGCAGUGCUACAAUGCAAGAACGUAUGGUGUGGGGGGUGGGAGAAGAGGGAGCAGGUGACACAUCCACUAUGAGUAAUACGCUAUAAUUGUUAGGAGUAUAGCACAAGUGGCAGUUGAAACAAGAAUGAUGUAAAGCAAAUCUAGCAUGUGAUACUGUAGCUGGAAAAGUAAUUUUGGCCUCUUUGUGGGUUGACACUCUCUCUCCCUUUUUUUUUUUUUUAAUGAACUCUGUCCUUUGCCUUUCCAAAUAUUGGUUUUGGGAGGAAUGGGUACUGUAUCUAAACACUUCGGCUAUUUUAAAAGGAAGCUCUCUUCCUGACAGGAAAUCUAUAGGAAGUCGUCUUGCAUAAAAGUAGCAGUGACUGUGAAUACAAAUGCUUUCUUUGUCACCCAAACUGUUUUACAGGAGAGAGGGCCUUGAAACACAUGGGCUUUUCAAGAGGGCUGCAUUCUGUUUAUCCAGUCAUUUAGCCUAAUUACUAUUAGUAUUGUUGUGGUCCCUUUUAAAUAAGUGCUGUAUUGUUUGGGAGAUAGGAGACAAUGUUGCUUGCUUGGGCUUGAUUGUUUGAGCCCAAGGACAUUGAGGGAUGCAAGCAAGUAGAUUGUUUUCUUCUCCCUCCCACACUCAAAAGACUGUAAACUCAUUAGUAUGCACUUUGAGUCUUCGGGAUUGGGCAUGGGUUUAUUAAGCAAGAUCUAAUUUAAAAUUCUUUUUAAACGAUUCUCUCUAACCCCUCCCCCACCAAUACUUGUACACAAGAUCUUCAUGACUGCAUCAGACCAAAGGCUACUGUAAUCCAAUAUCCCAGUUCCUACAGUGACCAAUCGGAUGUCUUGUGAGAGGCCCGUAGGCAGGACUUGAGCACAAUGCCCCUCUCAUGCUGUGGUUCACCAGAGACAUGCUGUUUCUGAUCCUGGAGGUGUUAUACAGCCUUUGUGACCAGUAGCCAUCACUAGCCACAUCCUACAGGAAUCCCCUUUUUUGAGCCAUCUGAGUUGGCGGCCAUCAUUUGGUGGUAGAGAAUUCCAUACUUUUAAACAUGCACUAUAUGAAGAGAAGUACUUUCUGUUGCCUGUCCUGAAUCUCCAUUCAGCAGCUUUGGAUGACCCUGAGUUCUGGCGUCGUGACAAAAGGAGGAAAAAAUAUAUCUACCCACGUUCUCCGCACAUGGGUAAUUUUAUGCAGCACUAUCAUGUCCCCUUUACUCAGCUUUUUUUUAUUUUUAAUAAAAACCCCAAACAGUGUAACCAUUCCAUAUAGGGGAGUUGCUCCAACCCUGAUUAUUUUGGAACCGAAGGUCAGUUUUCCUGUAAAUGGCUGUAAGAGUUUUGAGUGUUGUUUAAUUAUUUUAUUUCAUACAAUUUGCAUACCACUCGAUUGUAAAAGACCUCAAAGUGGUCUUAACACAGUUACCAAGAAUUGUAAUCUGACAGGGUAUGUGCUUUUCAAUAACAAAAUGGUCCAAAUAAUUACUGUAGAAGUGCAACUGUCUACAAAGUUGAAUGGGAGAGGGCUUCUUUUUUAAAAAUUGCAUUUACUUUAUGAAUUAGUAAUAUUAUGAAUUUAUAGUAAAAAACACCAGUACGUAAUAUUAGCAUUUUGAAUACUAUUUUGAGUGGGCUACUAAUAAACAGUGAAAUGUUUUGAAAAAUCUGAUAGACAACCCAUGAAGAAACUGUUAGGUAAAGUAGUGAUAUUUUCACGGUGAGAUUCUGUGCCUUUUGCUGAUGAAUAAUUGUCUAUUGAAUGGCCUCUGCUGAAGUUCAGAGUUUCUUUAGGCUUCUGAGCAAGCAUAGGGUUCAGAGGCCAUGCAGAGAGUUCAUUGUUCAUGCUGAAAAUAUACAUAUCUCAUAAGAAAGCACGCUGACUUUUAUGCCUUUGAAAUAAGUAGAAACUGCAACAAUAAACAUGUUUGACCUUGUAUCUAGAGAGAGAUUUUGACUACCGGUAGGUCUAUCCUAAUAAUUUUUAUAACUUGAAAAUGAGAGUAACAGUAGAUACUAUAAUAGUGAUGAAUUUUAACCAAUAGGAAACAGCCAUGCUAAAUAACAACAACAACAAAUGCUAGUAUGCUGUUUAUACUUACUGAGAGUUUAGAAAGCAAAGUGUUAGUGCAUUUCGCUAUUGGCCUGGGUCCAACUGCAACUACGUGGAGAUUUCUGGACACCAAGUUGGCGACCACAGUUUAAAAGCCUCUGCCUUAGUCCAUGGUUAAUACCAUUUCCAUUACAACUCUUUGUGUUUCUCCUUCUUGCAUACUGGGACAAGUGAAUUGUAAGAGCAAGCUACAGUCAAUCAGUAUAGUUGAGAUCAUAAAAUCAUAGAAUAGUAGCAUUGUAAAGGACCCCAAGGGUCAUGUAGUCCAUCUCCCUGGCAAAUAGACAUUCCAUUGUGACAACUGUAUCUUAGCUUUAAGGUGCCAUUUGGCACCUAACUAAUAUAUCUGAAUUUCUAAAACUGCCUCUCACUGUCUAUUAUUUAUUUGCACUUAACUAUGUAUUGAAAGCCCAUUACUUAAAUUCAUUGCAAGAAGAUGAAUUGUAAUUAAGAUAGCCCAUGCAUGUUCUUGUUUGUUUAGUAGAUUUAUAUUCCACUUUUCCAGCAGUCCUCAAAGUGGCCAGUAAUCCUUCUGAAACACAACAGAUACAUCAAGAACCACAUCCUUAAAAAAGAAAACAGUUCUGGUGGGGUGGGAGCUGACAUCAGAUGUUCCAUCCCACAAGGCAGUUGCUAUGUUAGCUCUGUGGGGAUCGGGGAGGGGAUAGUCCAACUGGAACAGGUCCCGAUGUUGUCUUUACCUGCUUGCCUGCCUCUUUUCUUCCUUUCUACAGGACCGCUGGUGCCAGUUGGCCCUGUGGGGGUGAUUAGGGAGAGGACAGGGUUGCCAUAUGUCCAGAAUUUCCCGGACAUAGUCAGAAUACUGCGGGUGGAAAUGUGCUAAAAUGUCUGGGAAAAUGUGGACUUGUGGCAAUCCAUUUCGGCAGUGUCAUUUUUCAUAAAAAUAGCUCAAAAACUUUUUUGUGAUUUUGCCAAAGAAGCUCAACAACUUUGGUCAACACUAAGCACACGAACAAAAAACCCCAGGGGGUGGGGUGGGAAAGCUAUUCAACUUUGUGUCCGGAUUUUCACUUUUUGAAAUAAGGCAACCCUCAGUAUGAUACACAUACAAUAUUUGUUCCAUCAGAAUCUGAUUAAGCAGGAUGAGUGUGAUUGAGCUACUUUCUGCACUGUCUGCUGCUAGCAGCGGUGGUGUUGUUGCUCAGUCUAUGGUAUAUAAAGUUUUGAACAGUCUACAUGAAUGUCGUUAACUCAAAAUAUAUUAGUAGUGGCUAAAUGUCAGAGACAGGCUGGACGCUGAGGACUGGUGAGUGGAUACCAAUGAGUGGUCACUGAGAGAAGCAGGGUUAGAAACUGACUUGGAAGAAGGGAUCAGUGAAUUGGGGUAACCUAUAGCCGCUGGGAAACAAGAGUCAGAGGCAGGAGAAACUGCAAGAUUGGAGAGUGGAAAAUAGGUGUGGGAAGGGGAAGAGAUCGGUCAGGCUGGUGUAGACGCAAGGGUUUCUACACCUCCUCCUCCUGCCCCACCUCUCCUGCUCCACUGUCUGCCAGGACCAGGAGAGGAUUGAAGGAGGAGGAGCAGAAAGUUACAUAUAGACAGUCUUUGCCUGCUUGCGUGCAUCUCUGAUAGGGGAGAGAUAUAAGCUGAGGUUGGGGUGGGAACUCGUAUGUUGUGGCAACUGCCUCAUUGGGUGCACACCUAGGAGUAGCUGAGAGACGUAGGACUGAUGGACAUGCCUUUUCCUAACUUGUAGGUGUGUUUUUUACAAUAAAGAUUUAAUUUCCCCCUAUUGCUACACCAAUAUAUUUGUUUGGAAUAGUGAGGAAGUAUUGAGGAUACUUAUGUAAAUCUAGUAACCUCCAGAUUGGGGCUGCCCCUGAGUUUGCUGCUGUUGCUGAAGAAAAAUACUGUGACUUGGCUGCUCACUGAGGCAGAAUAUCAGCAAUAUAUUGUGUCACUGGUGAAAGAAUUGCACUGGCUGCCAGUUAGCUACUGGGCUAAAUUCAAGAUGCUGGGACUGGUGUACAAAGUCCUAUACAGCUUGGGACUAAGAUACCUGAAAGAUUGCCUCAUUCCUUCUGUAUCUAACCAGUAAUGUUCUCCGCAAGAGAAGGCCACCUGCAGAUGCCAUAUCAUGUGUGGGUCCAUUCCUUCAAAUGUAGGAAUUGGACCUUUAGUGUGGUGGCACAUAGCCUUUGCAACUCCCUCAUGUGAUGCAUCGGAUGGGCACCCUCUCUACCAUCUUUUUGACACCUAUUUAUUGAAGACCUUUUCCAACAAGCAUUUUAAGUUGAGAAUUUUAUCCUGGUUUGCAUCUGUAUUGUCUUAAGUUUUUGUUGUUAAAUCACUUCAGUAUGUUUAGUGGGAAGUGGCUCAUGUAUUAAAAAGGAACCAAAUGCAAGUCUUGCCACCAAGCAGAAGCUUAAGCACUAAUUUUGUUAAUGGAGGAAUAACCUACUUGUUCAUGUUACUUGAUGAAAUGCAUUGAAAAAGCCAUUUAAAAAAGAGAAUUUUUGGGGGAAAGGCAGGAGCCUUUUCAUACCUCAAAAAAGAAACUUAUAUUGAGCUUCUUAAUACAAUUUCAAAUAAGGGUUGGUUGGUGCUCAGAUAAAUGAACAAGGUGACUAAAAUAAGCAUAGGGUCACUUGUGCUUCUGAAAUUUGGGCUGCUUAUCUGAAGCAUGGAAACACGUUGGCUUGAAAGACACUGUACUGUGAUUAAUUUAGCAACCCUGUCAUGUUACUUCAACUCAAGUUGUCCUUCAACUCAAUAUUAAGAGUUUGUUUCCAGCUUCUGAUGCAAUACAUAAAAUUAUUGAAAAACCUGCCAGUGGUCCUUUGUUGGGACUCCAAACUCUGUUCAGUCCAAGCCAGCAUCACCCGUGUUUGGGGAUGAGCGGAGUUGUGUUAGUCCAACAAUGUUUGCAGUGCCACAUAUUCCUUGCCCAUGUGCUCUGUAAUAGAGGCUUGCCAUUACAUAGGGUGUGUAAGAACCUAGUGCAACAUAGAUAUACUUGGCUAGAAUUCUGUUCCUGAGAGGCAAUAUAGUAUUUCAGCCCGAGUUUCUGACUAAGACCAGGCAGACCCAGGCUCAAAUUCCUACUCAGCCCUGAGGUAUAUUAGGUUAACUUGGACCAAUCACAUGCACUCAUUCUAGCCUACUUCACAGAUUGUUGUGAGAAUAAUAGUAAAAAAGUGAGCAUAGGGAAGUCAUAUAUUUUUUGCCUCUCUUGGAUGAAGGAAGGGAUAAAAAUUAGACAAGGCACAGCGUUUCUGCUCCUCCUUUUGCACCUGGCCUGUUGUCUAAUUUUGUAUAUUUUCUCCAUGACAAGGUUUGUUAUGCCUUGCCAUGUAAUUUGCAAAGUGUCGGCCCAGCUAUGGUAAGUUGCAACUGCCCUGGACGAGCACCCAACUGUGACUUUGCUAUGGCGAGAUGCACAUACAUCAUGUUUCUUUUUAUAAAAAGAUUAUUCAAAACAUUUGCGCUCCAUCUUUCCACUAGAAGGCCCGCAAGGAGAUGUACAAUCCAAAAUAAAACUAUGCCAAAAGUAACUCUCUUAAAAUAAUCAACGAACACACUCACAAUUGUAGCAGCUGCAGAUAAAUUGGAAGACAACAAAUGAUACAAAUAUAGUUUUGUUUACUAACGUUUGAGAGAAUAAAAUGCUUUAACAAUACUUUAAGAAGGUAGGAACAAAAUGAGAUCUCUGGGAAGAUCUUCUGCAUUAGCCACCCACCAGAGGCAAGACCUUGGAUGAUGACCUCAGUGAUGAACAAGGAAAGGCGUUUAUAUCCCCUGACAACUGCCUUAAGUAGUCUCCUACUCUUUCCUGUCUUAAAUGUAUCGAUGGCAAAGAGAAAUCAUUUUAUAUUUAUAAAGCAGCUUAGACCAAUCCUGUACUACAGUCCUGUACAGUCCUGUACAUGUUUUUUCAGACGUCCCACAAUAUACAUAGAGUCGUCAUUUUGGGUAAAUGUAUGUAGGAUUGAAGCCUUAAGUUUGUGGUGUUUUUGUUUAUUUAAUUGUUUGGGUAGUGGCAUUGUUCUGACAGUGAACUGGGCAGACAUUGCUUGAGGACUAUUUAGGUAAGUGAAGGAUAAAAUGGGCUGACUUCUUAGGUUAGGGCAAAAGCAAAGAGACAUUGCCUCUUGCUACCAUUUUAAAUAUGGCUGGCGUACACAUGCGGUCAUUGUAGAAUGAUUGUCCUAGAACCACAAUUCUUCAAUAAAAUCAUGAAAUGUCAUUAGGGGAACCUGGCUUUUAUAAGAAUAUUCCAGAAUUCAUAUUCUUUUAAUGCUGCUGAGACCACUGAUUGACCUGUAAUCAAAUUUGAUUGGUUCUACUUAGCGCUAAGCAAUGGUUUAGCACCAUGUGGCUAAGUAUUGGCAAGUAUGAGCUCUCACGCUUCCUGUCUCUUCCUUCCGUGCACCCAGGAGGAGGAUCGUUGCUGAGUUUACUUUUAAUUUCAAGAACUAAACUCUAGCAGUAUGUGUGAGCCAAGAAUUCUGGUUUGCAACCAGCAAUGGUUAGUUGUUAAACAAGCCAGCUACAAACCAUGAAGUUGGCGUGUUUAGCAACUAACCAUUGUUGGUUGUAAACUAGAAUUCCUGGUUCACGGUUCACACAUACUGCUGAGUCAGGGGUGUCCAGAUGUUCUUGGACUCCAACUUCCAUCAGCCCAGCCAGCACAGUCCAGUGGUCAUGGAUGAUGGGGACUGUAGUUAAAAAGCAUCUGGACGGCCAUGGCUCCCAUUCCUGCACUAAGUCACGAAUUGAAAGUAAACAUAGUAGAAAUCCUCUUUGCUGUGUAAGAGGAGAGGAGACAAAGAGGAGUAUGUGAGCUUUGCACAGACCUGCUGAGAUUUAUCGACAUACUGUAGUGCUGGAUCAUGGUACUAGAUGUGAACCAACCAAGAGUGUUUUUAUUGUGUUUGAAAUGCAGGAAAGUUUUUAUCUCCCUUUGUUAUCAACUAACUUUGUUAUCAACUAACGCCAAGUUACAGGGAACCAGGCAGAGGGCCUUCUCGGUAGUGGCGCCUUCCCUGUGGAACACCCUCCCACCAGAUGUCAAAGAGAACAACAACUACCAGGCUUUUAGAAGACAUCUGAAGGCAGCCCUGUUUCGGGAAGCUUUUAAUGUUUGAUGUAUUAUAGUAUUUUAAUAUUCUUUUGGAAGCCGCCCAGAGUGGCCGGGGAAGCCCAGCCAGAUGGGCGGGGUAUAAAUAAUAAAUUAUUAUUAUUAUUAUUAUUAUAACUUGUGGAUUGGCUUAGAUAAGCCUAAACAUAAUUUAUCAGCUUUCCAUUUUUGAAACAUAUAUUUAGCAAACACGUCUGUGGGAAUCAUGGCAUUGGAUAGUGUACUGAAUUAUUAUUUUUUUAAAAAAAACAACUUGAAAUUUUGUGAAAUUCUAAUGUGUUUUUGGUAACAUGAUGAUCUGUUAAAAAUCUAAAAUACAAUGCUUCAUUGUCGGUUCAGCUCACUGACCAACAGCUUGAACUGCCAUAACAUGCAAAUUUUCUUUUUUUUCCUACCUGAUGACUGCAUAAGAUCCUUCCCUUUUCAUAAUACUAGCAGGAGAUGAUUUGGAAUUACUGUUAUUAAGUGGUGGUAUCACUUUUACCAUGUCAACCAAUUGCUUACCAACCAAAAAUAACACUUUGUUUUCGUCACAUUGUAGAAAAUGUGAUUCCUGUUAUUUGAAAAGAAUAAGGAGGGGUUCCUAUUCAGCUCAGCAUAAAUGCCGUCUGCUAAGAAAAGCUGCAGCCUCUUAAUAGAAAAUUCAGGCAGAAGUUUGUUCAUUUUAUAAUAUAUACCCCAUGUUGCCAGGAACACUAAGGUGACAGUUUUGUCUUGAACAUCAAACAGAUAUUGGUAGUUUUAGCACUGAAUAGGGUGUGAGUAGAAGACCGAGGAGAAAAGAAAUACUCAAAUAUUUUUUGCUUAAAUUCUUUAAAUUUUUGAACUGUCAUGCUAAAAUGGGCAUAAAUACCACAAAUGAUUUGUGAAUUCAUUAUGUAUUGGCCAUAUUUGUUUACAUAGUUAAAUUGUAAUAAUAUGGAUAUGGAUCAGUUUAAUAAUUUAAGAACAGCCCUGAUGGAUCAGGCAAAAAAGCUGUGUCUAAUCCAGCAUGCUACUCCUAUACUGACCAACCAGAUGCCUACAUCAGGGAUGGAGAACCUCUUGGCCUCCAGAUUUUAUUGGAGCCUAAAUCCCAUCUCAUGUAUUGUGUUGUGUCCACGAGAGAGUUCUUAAAUAACAAAGUGAUGUAAAUUCUCCCUAAGAACGGUGUCUUAGAACUGGAAGGUGACAUUUAAAAGGAAAUCCAGAAGGACUCAUUCAGAAAAUUAUUAAUUUUUAAAAGUUGCACCCUGCAUUUCAGCAUAUCUGGGCCUCAAGUGGCUUACAAAAAAACAAACAAAAACCUUACAAUAUACAAAAUUUAAGGCAUAAAAUUAAAAUGAUCAAGCAUCUUGCUAAAGAAGAAUCAAUGUAAUUUCUGGAAAGGUAAGUCCUGUCUCACAAAGCUUUUAGAGUUAUUUGAGCGUAUCAGCAAGCAUGUGGAUAGGAGAAAUCUGGCAGACACUGUAUACUAGGAUUUUCAAACAGCUUUUGACAACGUCCCUUACCAAAAGCUCCUGGGCAAACUUAGCAGUCAUGGGAUAAGAAGACAGAUAAAGAACAGGAAGCAUAGAAUAGAAAUAAAAGAGCUGUUCUCACAAUGAGAGGGUGUAAGGUGUGGUCCCCAAGGAUCUGAUUUGGGACCUGUGCCUUUUAAUUAUUUACUGCUCACCCCUAAAGCCAGAUCAUUAAAGUAGCCAAGUUUGUGAAUGAUACCAACUUAUUGGUUAUAGGGGCAAAAAUGGGAUUUAUGAAGAGCUCCCAAAGGAUCUCAUGUCAUGAAGUCUUCAGAACUAGUGUUACUGAACCUGUAUUUAAAUGAGAAUCAGGACUUGGUAGAUAAACUAGUAAUUGGAUUUCUCUUAGUGGCUGCACAUAUGAUUAUAGCCAUAUUCUGGAAGAAUUUAAAAGGUGUAAAACCGGAAUGCCUGGUUCAAGAGAGAAUGGUGCAUUGCCCUUACAGAAAAAUUGACUUACAAAUUAAGAGGAACAAAGCACAAAAAUAUCCUUUGCAGGAGAAUGGUGGAGCUUUAUUUAAUUUACAAAUUCCCUAGGAAACCAAAGACCAGUUCCAAAAGUUUAUAGUAACUUGCGGAUCACUUGUUAAAAACAUGUUUUACAGAUGCAGAAAAAGAGCAAAAUCGAUGGUGUGACCACACUUGAAAUACUUUGUGCAGUACCCGUGGCCAAAAUGAGCAUUGGGCUGGAGUAAUUUUCCUGUGAGAAAGGGUUUAGGUUUUAGAGGGAAAGUGUGUAAGGGAAGACAUGAAAGAUGCAUAUGAAAUAAUGCGUGGAGAAAGUGGACAGAGAGAGGUUUUGCUAACUCAUAAUACUAGAACCUAGGGGUCAUCCAGUGAAGCUGAAUGGUGUGAAGUUCCCAGAGAAACUUCUUCACAUAGUUUCCUCAAGAUGUGGUGAUGACCACCAACCUGGAUGGUUUUAAAAGGGAAUUAGCCAUAUCCUCCAUGAUUUGCCUAUCAGUGGUUACUAGCUACGAUGGCUGUUUACAAUCUCCUGUAUCAAAGGCAGCAUGCUUCUGAAUACUUGUUGCUGGGGAACAGAAGUGGAAAAGGGCUGUUAUGCUCACAUCCUGCUUGUGGGAGUCCUGUAGGGACUACAGCUCCCGUCUUUUCUGUAUAUUAGCCAUGCUGGCUGAGACUGAUGGGUUAAGGGCUCCAACAGAGUCUGGAGGCCAACAAAUCCUCCCUGCAUGAUGUAGGCCUUGUGGUCACUAUAGGAGUAUUAGGUACACCUUUUGCCUGAUGCAGCGGGGCUGUUCUUAAUACAGUGGUACCUCGGGUUACAUACGCUUCAGGUUACAUACGCUUCAGGUUACAGACUCCGCUAACCCAGAAAUAGUACCUCAGGUUAAGAACUUUGCUUCAGGAUGAGAACAGAAAUUGUGCUCCGGCAGCGUGGCGGCAGCAGGAGGCCCCAUUAGCUAAAGUGGUGCUUCAGGUUAAGAACAGUUUCGGGUUAAGAACAGACCUCCGGAACAAAUUAAGUACUUAACCUGAGGUACCACUGUAUAUUGAUGGAUUUCAAUAGCUAAAGCUAAAAUAUGUGAAGACCAGAAAAUGUUAGAAUCUUCUAUAUUAUUUUCUUCAUACCAGUGGGGCUCAUCUCGGAACAACGAAGCUGGUUCCAGAAGUGAAACCUAAAGCAAAAUAGCUCUUUCAGCCUUUGCAGGUUUUUUUGUUGUUGUUCUUUUUAAGUAUGAAAGCAUCAAGAGCCCUUCAGACAUUGAUGAUUUUGAGGCCUAAACAACUUGAAUGUCUGUUUUAGGUCUGAGGCUGAAGCGGCCCUUCUUAGCUUCAUCUGGCCCCUUUACAUUUCCAGGGACACAUUCCUUAGGUGGGUAAAGAGGCUGCUUGAGGCUGGCAUAAAAGAAAAGAGACCCCUAACCUCCUGCCCUAUCCCGUCCUGUCCCACAGCACUUCAGAGGAAGUGAGGCAGUGCCUGACUGAGGCAGGUGACUCUGAACCAGGCAUGGUCUGACGACAGAGGGAACAAAACACAGAAAAAAAUGGAAAAGGAAUUGCAGUUUCGGGGGCGGGGUGAGAGGUUGGAGCCUGAAACAAAGGGUCCAAAGUCUGUAGAGCCCACAAAAUUACUUGCUGCUCCUUUAGGCAGUGGUACAACCAUUCCUUUCCCUUCUGCAUGAAAGAGCAGAGUUUGAGAUGGAAAGCCCAAAGUCAUAGAGCCCAAAAGACUACUGCAGGGGUCAGCAACCUUUUUCAGCUGUGGGCCUUCCACCGUGCCUCAGACCAUGUGGUGGGCUGGACUAUAUUUUGAAAAGAAAAAAAAAUGAAGGAAUUCCUGUGCCCCACAAAUAACCCAGAGAUGCAUUUUAAAUAAAAGCACACAUUCUACUCAUGUAAAAAACACGCUGAUUCCCGGACCCUCCGCGGGCCGGAUUGAGAAUGCGAUUGGGCUGCAUCCUGCCCCCGGGCCUUAGGUUGCCUACCCCUGGACUACUGCAUCAGGCAGCAGUACAGCAUCCCUUUGCUCCAUGAUGCCAUCGCUAACCACUGGUCAGGAGCUCUGCUUCUCCACUCGGAAUAAGGCAUUCACAAAGUUUUUACUUCCCACACAACGAUCCUGUCUUUGGCCCUUCUUUUCUCUGUUGACUACAGUUACUUGAAGUGGCAGGAGAGAUGUGUAAGAGAAGGGGAGACUUUGUGAUAGAGACAGAAACACUUGGUUUGUUGUUGUUGUUGUUUAGUCGUUUAGUCGUGUCCGACUCUUCGUGACCCCAUGGACCAGAGCACGCCAGGCACUCCUGUCUUCCACUGCCUCCCGCAGUUUGGUCAGACUCAUGUUGGUAGCUUCGAGAACACUGUCCAACCAUCUCGUCCUGUGUCGUCCCCUUCUUCUUGUGCCCUCCAUCUUUCCCAACAUCAGGGUCUUUUCCAGGGAGUCUUCUCUUCUCAUGAGGUGGCCAAAGUACUGGAGCCUCAGCUUCACGAUCUGUCCUUCCAGUGAGCACUCAGGGCUGAUUUCCUUCAGAAUGGAUACGUUUGAUCUUCUUGCAGUCCAUGGGACUCUCAAGAGUCUCCUCCAGCACCAUAGUUCAAAAGCAUCAAUUCUUCGGCGAUCAGCCUUCUUUAUGGUCCAGCUCUCACUUCCAUACAUCACUACUGGGAAAACCAUAGCUUUAACAAUACGGACCUUUGUUGGCAAGGUGACGUCUCUGCUUUUUAAGAUGGUGUCUAGGUUUGCCAUUGCCUUUCUCCCAAGGAGCAGGCGUCUUUUAAUUUCGUGACUGCUGUCGCCAUCUGCAGUGAUCAUGGAGCCCAAAAAAGUAAAAUCUCUCACUGCCUCCAUUUCUUCCCCUUCUAUUUGCCAGGAGGUGAUGGGACCAGUGGCCAUGAUCUUCGUUUUUUGAUGUUGAGCUUCAGACCAUAUUUUGCGCUCUCCUCUUUCACCCUCAUUAAAAGGUUCUUUAAUUCCUCCUCACUUUCUGCCAUCAAGGUUGUAUCAUCUGCAUAUCUGAGGUUGUUGAUAUUUCUUCCAGCGAUCUUAAUUCCGGCUUGGGAUUCAUCCAGCCCAGCCUUUCGCAUGAUGAAUUCUGCAUAUAAGUUAAAUAAGCAGGGGGACAAUAUACAGCCUUGCCGUACUCCUUUCCCAAUUUUGAACCAGUCAGUUGUUCCAUAUCCAGUUCUAACUGUAGCUUCUUGUCCCACAUAGAGGUUUCUCAGGAGACAGAUGAGGUGAUCAGGCACUCCCAUUUCUUUAAGAACUUGCCAUAGUUUGCUGUGGUCGACACAGUCAAAGGCUUUGCAUAGUCAAUGAAGCAGAAGUAGAUGUCUUUCUGGAACUCUCUAGCUUUCUCCAUAAUCCAGCGCAUGUUUGCAAUUUGGUCUCUGGUUCCUCUGCCUCUUCUAAAUCCAGCUUGCACUUCUGGGAGUUCUCGGUCCACAUACUGCUUAAGCCUGCCUUGUAGAAUUUUAAGCAUAACCUUGCUAGCGUGUGUAAUGAGUGCAAUUGUGCGGUAGUUGGAGCAUUCUUUGGCACUGCCCUUCUUUGGGAUUGGGAUGUAGACUGAUCUUCUCCAAUCCUCUGGCCACUGCUGAGUUUUCCAAAUUUGCUGGCAUAUUGAGUGUAGCACCUUAACAGCAUCAUCUUUUAAAAUUUUAAAUAGUUCAGCUGGAAUAUCAUCACUUCCACUGGCCUUGUUAUUAGCAGUGCGUUCUAAGGCCCAUUUGACUUCACUCUCCAGGAUGUCUGGCUCAAGGUCAACAACCACACUACCUGGGGUAUACGAGACAUCCAUUUCUUUCUGGUAUAGUUCCUCUGUGUAUUCUUGCCACCUCUUCUUGAUGUCUUCUGCUUCUGUUAGGUCCUUUCCACUUUUGUCUUUUAUUAUGGUAAUCUUUGUACGAAAUGUUCCUUUCAUAUCUCCAAUUUUCUUGAACAGAUCUCUGGUUUUCCCCAUUCUAUUGUUUUCCUCUAUUUCUUUGCAUUGCUCGUUUAAGAAGGCCUUCUUGUCUCUCCUUGCUAUUUUUUGGAAAUCUGCAUUCAAUUUCCUGUAUCUUUCACUAUCUCCCUCGCAUUUUGCUUGCCUUCUCUCCCCCGCUAUUUGUAAUGCCUCAUUGGACAGCCACUUUGCUUUCUUGCAUUUCCUUUUCAUUGGGAUGGUUUUAGUUGCUGCCUCCUGUAUAAUGUUACGAGCCUCCAUCCAUAGUUCUUCAGGCACUCUGUCCACCAAAUCUAAAUCCUUAAACCUGUUCCUCACUUCCACUGUGUAUUCAUAAGGGAUUUGACUUAGAUUGUAUCUUACCGGCCCAGUGGUUUUUCCUACUUUCUUCAGUUUAAGCUUGAAUUUUGCUAUAAGAAGCUGAUGAUCUGAGCCACAGUCAGCUCCAGGUCUUGUUUUUGCUGACUGUAUAGAGCUUCUUCAUCUUUGGCUGCAGAGAAUAUAAUCAAUCUGAUUUCGAUGCUGCCCAUCUGGUGAUGUCCAUGUGUAGAGUCGUCUCUUGUGUUGUUGGAAAAGAGUGUUUGUGAUGACCAGCUUGUUCUCUUGGCAGAACUCUAUUAACCUUUGCCCUGCUUCGUUUUGAACUCCAAGGCCAAACUUGCCAGUUGUUCCUUUUAUCUCUUGACUCCCUACUUUAGCAUUCCAAUCCCCUAUAAUGAGAAGAACAUCCUUCUUCAUAGAACUGGUCAAUUUCAGUUUCUUCAGCACCAGUGGUUGGUGCAUAAACUUGGAUUACUGUGAUGUUAAAAGGUCUGCCUUGGAUUCGUAUUGAGAUCAGUCUAUCAUUUUUGAGAUUGCAUCCCAGUACAGCUUUCGACACUCUUUUGUUGACUAUGAGGGCCACUCCAUUUCUUUUACGGGAUUCUUGCCCACAGUAGUAGAUAUGAUGGUCAUCCGAACUGAAUUCGCCCAUUCCCGUCCAUUUUAGUUCACUGAUGCCCAGGAUGUCAAUAUUUAUUCUUGCCAUCUCAUUUUUGACCACAUCCAACUUACCAAGGUUCAUGGUUCUUACAUUCCAGGUUCCUAUGCAAUAUUUUUCUUUACAGCAUUGGACUUUCCUUUCGCUUCCAGGCAUAUCCGCAACUGAGCGUCCUUUCGGCUUUGGCCCAGCCGCUUCAUCAGCUCUGAAUCUACUUGUACUUGUCCUCCGCUCUUCCUCAGUAGCAUGUUGGACGCCUUCCGACCUGAGGGCUCAUCUUCCAGCGUCAUAACUUUUAUAUGCCUGUUGUCUUUGUCCAUGGAGUUUUCUUGGCAGGGAUACUGGAGUGGCUUGCCGGUUCCUGCUCCAGGUGGAUCACGUUUGGUCAAAACUCUCCACUAUGACCUGUCCAUCUUGGGUGGCACGGCAUAGCUCAUAGCUUCUCUGAGUUAUUCAAGCCCCUUUGCCACAGCAAGGCAGUGAUCCGUGAAGGGGCUUGGUUUGUUAUUAUCCCGAAAAAGAACCCCCCUUUCCCUAUUUCCUGCUGCACCAAUAAUUAAAAACUGAAGCACCCAGCUCUUUCCAGAUUGCAGGUUUCAGCCCUGUGCUUACUUACUUGGGAGCAAAUCCCAUUUAUAUGUGAUAGAAUUACUUGCGGAUUAAGUGCAUAGGGUUAGGAUGCUGAACCUAACCGAAGAACAAAAUCCUCCUAAAAAAGGACAGCUAUUGGUUUGCAUAGAAACCAGUGAUCGGUGCCACAUACGCCAUUCAAGAAUGUUGGAAGGAGCAGGUAUGCAUUUUCUUCUGCCUCCCUUUCCAGGAAUAUUUAUAGUAUUGUAACAGUUAGUUCAUGGGUAGGCAAACUAAGGCCCGGGGGCCAGAUCCGGCCCAAUCGCCUUCUAAAUCCGGUCCGCAGAUGGUCCAGGAAUCGGCGUGUUUUUACAUGAGUAGAAUGUGUCCUUUUUAAAAAAACAUUUCUGGGUUAUUUGUGGGGCCUGCCUGGUGAUUUUACAUGAGUAGAGUGUGUGCCUUUAUUUAAAAUGCAUCUCUGGGUUAUUUGUGGGGCAUUCCCCCCAAAAAAAAUAUAGUCCAGCCCCCCACAAGGUCUGAGGGACAGUGGACCGGCCCCCUGCUAAAACAGUUUGCUGAGCCCUGAGUUAGUCAGUUGUUCCCCUCAGCCUAGGUAGCCACAUCCCAGCAGCAUCCCAGCACUAUCUUCCUAGAUUUAAAUAUUUAUUAUUAUUUUUAAUACAUUUAAGAACCUAUGCUACAAUUAGUCAUGCUUAUGACACCUCUUCCCCCCCCCCCCUUGCAGGUCACUUGUGCUUGAUAGAAAACUGGUUCCCCACCCCUGCUUUUAAAAAUUCAAGCACAGUAAAAAAUAAAUCCUACACUCCUGUGGUUCUGUAAAAACUAUGCCAUUUAAAACUAGGGCAGGUAUCCACUUAUUUGUUUGAAACACUCCUCUAUGAUAGAUAAAUAGUUCUUGAUCCCUUCUAAUGUAAGACUGGGGGGUGAAACUGUUAGCUUCCUACUUUUCUUUCCCAAGCUUCCUGACGUGUCUAAAGGAAAUAAAUUGAUUGAUGCCUGAGAAGCUGAAGUUCUGUAUGUAAAAUCUCAAGUCAUAAGGACACAUUCCUUAAAUAGUAGUUUUAUUCUCUCUAGGCUAUUUUGGUACCUGCCUGGGACUUCUUUGCCUUUCCGUCUUUUCCAGUAUCCCACUGAUUUCCAUGUAUGUUUAUAUUCUGGGAUAAACUGUGGUUUUUCUUGCUGUGUAUGUAGCACCUAACCACAUACCAUGAUUAAAAUAAUAAAUAGUUUUAGCUUUCUGUUAUAUUUGUAAGCCCCGACAGUCCUGCAAAUAUAGCUAACUGGGAGCUCAGUUUGUGGCAAGCAGGGAUAGAAUCAUAGAACUGCAGAGUUGAAAGGGACCCCUAGGGUCAUCUAGUCCAACCCCCUGCAAUGUAGGAAGUGGAGGGGAAACUGCUGUUGCAUGUGUGGGUGUGCUGGGAGGGCUGCCCAUAAUGACUUCUUUUCCUUUUCCCAACAGAUAGCCGUUAUGCAUUGGAAUGGGAAAGGAGGAGGGCAAGUUGGGUAGAAGGAGGGGGUGUCUGUGAGGAACCAAUAGUCAGUGCCUGUCAAGGUAGUGGCAACAUUCUGUGGGCUAUUUUUGAUGUUCACGCUACAACUUGUUCAAAAACUGGUGACAUUUUAGCUGACACAUUUCCCCCAAUUGAUGCAGCUCCGUAGACCUCCUCUUUCUUGAUUUCCUGCUUGAAUAUCUACUUAUGUAAGAUGUGUUUAGUCAUCAUGAAGGCUGUAUAUUUUCCAUGGCUCGAGGUUAGAAAUGAGUACAUUUGGCAAGAAUUCUUUGUGAUUGGUUCUCUGCAUGGUAAUUAGUGUCUGAAAGAUGGAAGGCAUCACAUUGAGAUUACUUGAUUUUUUAUUUUUUUGUCAAUAAGGCUAAGGUCGCUGUUCCAUGGAGAGUAAGCUCCACAGAACUUGCAUAGGAGUUCUGUGCUAAACUUCUGUAUGAUUGGGUCAUGAUGCUAAGUCAGCAUAAAAUCAAAAACUCUUGAUUUAAUUUAUUUGUGUAGAUGGCUGUUGGCAUUUGAAACACUCCGUCAAACUCGAAGGCUGCCAGAUUAGCAAGCGACUCUACUUUUAAGUAUGCGAAAUUCCCAUCAAGUGAUUUUACCCUUAUAUUUAAGUCCAGGUCUUUGUUUAUACAGAGUUCACUGUUCUGAACUUAGUCUCAAUUCUGGAUGAUGCUGUUGGCCUACAAACUUUAUUUAGGUUCCUGAGUUCUAUUGGGUUGCUGUCCUCUGUUUAAUAUUGUUUGAACUAUUGGGACCAAAUGUCUGAUGAAAGAAUUUUCUGGUAUUUGCAACAAAAUUUGUGUUCAGUGGUUCUAAACUUCCCACCUUCAUGGACCAUCUGGUAGUUGCUGAUAGCCUUUGGUCUAGGUGGACCACUUCAUGCUUUUCUGCCUGUUGUAGAAAUUCCAAUGCACUGUGCUAGAUGCUGUAUGAUUGUAAUUGAAUUUUAAUUCAAUUUUUAUUGCUUCUUCUUUUUUUUACACUGUAUUUUAUUGUAUUACAAUUUGCAUUCCAUAAAAUUCAAGUAAUGCAAUAAAAGACAGUAUAAGAAAUAAAAUAAACCAUAAAAAUAUAAUUUAAUGUGGACAUGCCGCAGACCAACUGAAUGAAGCUUGCGGUUUGGGAAACUUUGUCCUGGUUGCUUUGCUAGCUCAGUUUCACAUCCAACAAUAUCUAUAAGGCCAAUAAUCCUUGCAAGAUGUGUAAACAUGGGUAACUGUACCAAAUGCACCUCUGAUUUCCUUCCAAAACCAGGUUCUGAGGCAUAAGUAAGGGAUAUUGCCUAAGUCUUGUCAGUUAUAUAAACUGACCAUAGGGCUUGACUUAAACCAGUGGUUCCCAACUUUUUUGGCCAUGCCCCACCUAAGCAUCUCUAAAAUCCUAAUGCCUCCCCCCCAUGACAUAUAAUUCUUAUUUUUCAAAAAAACGAACUCCUAUUCACGUGGAGGAAGCCUGAAAGGCCAUUAACUUGGUCUAAACAAGCAUCCAAGUUGCCCUCCUGUGGGGUGUGUGCCCUGCGUUGGGAACCACAGACUUAAACAAUUAGAGAAAUAGUAUGAUAAUCAGAGCCCACAAAGUGUUGAUGUUCUUUAUUCUGUUAGCUGGCUGACACUGGAAUAUUGUGUCCAGUUCUGGGUGCCACAGUUUAAGGAUAUUGGCAAGCCGGAACGUGUACAAAUGAGGGCAACAAAGAUUAUCAAGGGUCUGGAAACCAAGCCAUAUGAGGAACAGUUGAGGGAGCUGGGUAUGUUUAGUUUGGAAAUGAGGAGAUGGAGGAGAUAUGGUAGCCAUCUUUAAAUUUAUAAUGGGCUGUUGCAUGGAAGAGGGAGCAUGCUUGUUUUCUGCUAGUCUGGAGGGUAGGACCUGAACCAGUGGAUUCAAGCUACAAGAAAGGAGAUUCCAACUAAAUACAGAUGCUUUAGUUGAGAUUCCCGCAUUACAGGGGGCUGGGCUAGAUGACCCCUGAGGUCGCUUACAAUUGUACAAUUCUGCAUUUCUAUUAUUUCCAAUCCCAAAACUAGGAGAUGGGGGGUACUGAGCAGAGGAAGCUAUUGCUGUUCUCAAGAAUAAUCAAGAAACAAUUUGUCCAAGGAAGAAGAGCUGAAAUUGAAAUGAAGUAUCUUGAGUCUAGCGCAUAAUCUGCUUUGGUGUUGUGCAAUUCAUAGGUGAAAGAUAGUUGCUUUCUAUACUCACGUUGUUCCUAUUGGAUUUAGAGAAAAAUUGUAACACAAGGGAUAUCUUCCCAACCUUGAUGCAUGUAUUUGAGUCCCAUUAGUUUUAAUCACUAGUUAUGUGUGAAUACUGAGUUUACCAGUAGAUUAACAUUAGUCACAGUCAAAGGAGAAUAUUAAUGUGGUUUUACAGGCCAAAGAGAACUAGGCCUGCUGAAUACUUUUUGAGAAUUGCCUUGCUAAUGCCCAUGACUGGUGAAUAUAUAAGUACAGAACAGUCCUAAAACAAGACUUUACCAGUUCUUCCCAUAUAAAUUUUCUGGUAGGGCUGGACUGUCAGUUUUUGUAAUCCUUGACAUACUAUAGAUGCACCAGAAUACAGUGCUAGAGUUAUGACAUGGGUGGAUUGUGGACAGAUAGUUGACAGCUCCCCUAUAUGUGAAACUCCCUGCAAGCACAAGAAUGACACAGAGAAAUGACUAGGCUAAAACCUUUCUUCCUGUCGUACUAUUAAAAAGAAAUAAAUAGAGGGCACGAUUAACGUGAGGUAGGAUUUUAAAAUGACAUCUCCCAGCUGCUUCCUGAAAUAGUAUGGUUCACUCUACCGCCUUGGGAUAGAAUUCUGUCAUCUCAUUCUGCAACAUGUGUUCAGGGUUAACAUACUUACCCUGAACUUCCUGUUGCCUCCUUUCUCCUUUGUGACUUCAGCUGAGAGGAGUCCCUCAGAAAGUGGAGAUUAGGCACUAGCAGUUAUAAGAAAGGAAAUGAACUUGGGCGAGAGAAGAAAAAUGAUUUUUCAACACUUAAGGUUCUCUGUUUCCAGAGUUGUGCACUCUUCCUCCUCCCUUUUCAGAGUUUGUCUCCUAUUUUCUAAGUCCAAGCUUAUUCUUUGGUGUUGGCUGUGUCUAGCCAACACUGGGAAUCCUAUACAGCCAGUCUGUCAAAUUUUAUUUGCUAAAAAACAUUGGUCUCGCAUCAUAUUCAGAACUUAUCUAGAAGUAGGGUUUCUUUUUAGGGCAGGGAGCAGGGUCAGGGUCUAUAGACUGAAGGGGAGGGGAAGAAAAUAAAUAACUCUUGCACUUGCUGCACAACCACUGGAUACAGUCAGUAUCCUUUCAAACGGAGAAAGUUCUCUUAUGCCUUGUUUUUCCAGAAGUAAUAUAAUAUUCCUUUUAUUUUUCAUUUGGAGUGACAAUGGUGGUAGUCUAUAACAUUUCUUCUGAAUUAUUUUUCUGAGGAAAAGCUAUUUGGCACAAUGCAUGCAGACCUGCUCUCUCUGUAUGGGAGGUGUUUUGGCUAAAGUUUCUAGGUGUUGCCCAGAGACUCGUUAAUGUAAUCCUCUAGUCAACGUAACUCAUCAUGCACUGUAUCCACUUGCUCAUAUUAUUUUAGUUUGAUUUGAUCUGGUGCAAAAGUACAGCAGAAGUCAAAAUCAUUUCAAUUUUUUCUCCAGAGAAGAUUCCAAGAUUUUAAAUACUUUUUUGUAUCUUUUCAGGAUGUUUGCACAGCAUUAUAAGUGAAGAAAUUCUGUUCUGUGGGAAAAAGCACCACUACUAACCAUUUGUCUUUAAUUUUUUUGCUCCUUACCUUUGUUGUUAAAUCUGCAGAGCACAGAUAGCCCUGGGGCUGCCAUACAUCCGGGUUUCCCCAGACACAUGCGGGAUUCCAAUGCCGGAAAUGGCGCCUGGGUGGAAUUUCCGGAAAUCGCUAAAAUGUCAGGGAAAACCCAGACAUAUGGCAAUGCGGCCAGUUUUCUGGUGAAAAUCCUUUAAAAAGCUUCAAAACUCAUUUUUUAAUGGAGCUUUUCUCAAAAAAACCCUCAGCAACGGCUACCUGGCUUCGGAGCUGCCUGACAUCUGCAAGCAUGAGAACUCCUAACGACCUGAGCAGCUACAUCAACCAUUUACAGUAGUACCUCUGGUUACGUACUUAAUUCAUUCCAGAGGUCCGUUCUUAACCUGAAACUGUUCUUAACCUGAGGUACCAUUUUAGCUAAUGGGGCCUCCCACUGCCGCCAUGCCGCCGGAGCAGGAUUUCUGCUCUCAUCCUGAAGCAAAGUUCUUAACCCGAGGUACUAUUUCUGGGUUAGCAGAGUCUGUAACCUGAAGCGUAUGUAACCUGAGGUACCACUGUAUUUUUGUGUCUUAGACAGGGAGGCCCCCCCAACAACUUUGGCUUAAAAAAAAAAAGCAAAAAAAAAAAGCUCAACUGUCCGGAUUUUAACCUCAGAUCCCAUAAUCAGUUCUUGUCCUUCCCAAAAACUAUAACGCAAAACCUUCCAACUGACCAUAAUCAUACAUAUUUAUAGAAUUCAGAUAAUCAUACAUUCCCUUCAAAAUUAGUUCAUGCAGAUUCCAAAAGAACUCUUCUUCUGUGUCAUGCAAUUUUAUUUCCAUCACUCCCUUCAAGCUGCUUAGUUUAGCAGUACUAAGAUUUGCUGUGAAAAUAUAUGUAGUUUUCUGGGGUUAACACUAUGGACAUUUUCAUAUUACAUACUGUUAAUUGUAGUAAUAAUACCUGUUAUUUCACUUGUGAGGGUUUAGCAUUCUUAAUAUUUCUGCUGUGUAAACUUGUGCAGUUAUUUCUGCUUAAACAGCUGAUGGUAUUUCCCUGAUAUUAUGUGAAUUAAUAUACAGUGGUGCCCCGCAAGACGAAUGCCUCGCAAGACGGAAAAACCGCUAGACGAAAGGGUUUUCCGUUUUGGAGUUGCUUCGCAGGACGAAUUCCCCUAUGGGCUUGCUUCGCAAGACGAAAAUGUCUUGCGAGUCUUGAAAUUUUUUUUUCGCUUUCCCCCCCCUUUAUCUAAUCUGCUAAGCCUUUAAUAGCCUUUAAUAGCCUUUUAGCAGCUAAUCCCCUAAGCCUUUAAGCCUUUAAUAGCCGCUAAACCGCUAAUAGCGCUAAUAGCGCUAAUCCGUCAAUGGGCUUGCUUCGCAAGACGAAAAAAACCGCUAGACGAAGACUCUCGCGGAACGGAUUAAUUUCGUCUUGCGAGGCACCACUGUACCUGCUUGUAUAAUGGUGAUAGGAACUAUAGUUUAUUUGCCGCUGGUAGCAGUUUUGCUCCUUAAGUCACUAUUAGUAGUAACUAAUUUGAUCCUUUUGUUUUGUGAAUAGCCACCUGAAGAUAACAGCAAUGGCCAGGGGUGAGGUAGGCAUUUGUACUCUGUGUGUGCGCUUUUGUAGCUCUCUACCUAGUCCUAUCCUGCAGGUACUCUAGAAAGCUGCCUGUAGAAAUGGCCUGUUUUGAAAGCGAUGUUGAAAGGUUAUAAAAUGCUGCAACCAUCCAUAUCAACUGAACACUGCUGUUUAUUUUCAGGCAGAGGUAAAAGUGGUGAGAGAAUUUAUCGAAAUGGGUUGCCAAACCAUUCCAAAUGUUAGUAGGUGUCACUGUGUGCUUUCUUUACCCUGGAAUAUUGUAGAUUUUAUUAGCUUUCUGAAGCCCAUCCGUGGAACUGAUAAGUGUAAAACAAACAAACCAAAAAAACCCCGACCUAUGUCUUUACACUCACUAAAAACUUAUUCUAAAAACUUGGGGGGGGGGUGUCACCAAACCCGAACCUCAUUGUUUUCCUUUUGAGGAAUUACCUGGUUCACAUGAUUAAAUCAUACACAUGAGCUCAAUUCACCCAUAGGCAGCACUUUCAUUCCCACUUUUCUACACUCUAUAAGAAAAGUUAACUUUUUCCAAAGAUGUUUUGUUCAGAUGACCCUACCACAAUACAUUUCUGAUUUUCUCAAACCUAAAAACAGUGGUUAUAAAACAUUGACUCUCCAGCUCUCUCCUGCAAUUUCCUGGUUUGAAUCAAUUUAUUUAUUUCCUGGCGCCGUGUGUACAUGUAGUUGCUCGUGAGUCAAUUGUGCAUAAUUGGGGGUGCCUGUGCAGUGAACAUUGUAGACACACUUCUGUGGAGAGGGAAUUCCAUAGUGCAGAGCAAACCAUAGAGAAAGCCGUCUCCCAGAAAGUUCGCUCUGCAAAUCUUAACACCUGAAAGGGUUGGUAGGGAUGGCUAUGAUCUUUCAGAUAUUUGGGGCCUACCGGUAAGUCUUUUAAGGCUUGUGGGCACCUUGAAUGGGCCUGUAAACAAAAUGGCAACCAAAUUAUUUGGAAAGAGGAGGGUCUUAGUGGAAGGAGUGCACAAUCUCGUAGAAAAAUCCAGUUCCUUAGAUUGGCCCUUCCCAUUCUGGUGCCUCCCAGAUGUUUUGGACUACAGAUCCCUAAGACUGCCUUAGAUAAUACCUAAGCCAGAUGUAGUUUUGCACCACCUCUGGAAGUGUGCAGAAGUGAACGACAUGUAGACCUUAAAUUUAUUAUUUCUUUCUCUUUUCUAAUACUUGAUAAUACUGUUGUUUUAUCUUUCUGUGUGCUAUUUUUGUCAGUUUAUUUUUUCUUAUUGCAUUGUACAGGUUCUUAAUUUCACCAACUUUUAGGGCUUCACCUCUGAUUCCGUAUAAUAAUCUUUUUUUCUUAGUGUCAAGCACAUACACUUUUGAAUGGACAACUCAUUGAAAUACAUUGAGGUUACUUCUAUGUAAACAUGGGUGAGAUCAUGUUGUUAAAUUUGAACUAAAGAGAUUUUUGCAAGUAGACAUAUCUAAAAUAGUGUACUAUUUUAAAACAAAAGCCUCCCAACACAAAGAGGAAAUUUAACUCUUUUGUGUCCUGCUUCAGCUUGCUGGUCCCAUCACUCAAAUAACUGAGACCCACAGAUCAGUAUAGCACUUGUUAUAUUAUGGAUUUUAUGUAGUAGGAAUCUCUGCAUGCCAAUUGAACCAGUAAUAGUUCCUAAAUAAAGAAUUUAACUGGCCCAAAGUAGUAUUGAGUUCUGUGUGGUGUCUUACUUCAUUUAUUCACCUAAUCUGAGUGAAGCAUGAAAAUCGUAGGAAAUAAGUUAGUUUGUUGGUCUGUUUAGGUAUUUUUCUUGUUCAAUAAUUAAAUCAGCUUAAAAUAGCCUUUCUGUAAUUAUAUAUAUAUAUAUAUAUAUAUAUCUCACACACACACACACACAGUGGUACUUCGGGUUAAGUACUUAAUUCAUUCUGGAGGUCCGUUCUUAACCUGAAACUGUUCUUAACCUGAAGCACCACUUUAGCUAAUGGGGCCUCCCUCUGCUGCCGCGCCGCCGGAGCCCGAUUUCUGUUCUCAUCCUGAAGCAAAGUUCUUAACCUGAAGCACUAUUUCUGGGUUAGCGGAGUGUGUAACCUGAAGCAUAUGUAACCUGAAGCGUAUGUAACCUGAGGUACCACUCUGUGUGUGUGUGUGUGUGUGUGUGUGUAAAAUUAAUCUCAAUAGAAAUUAUACAGCACAUGAGAAGUUCCCCCUUGGUCUCUAGGAGAAUGACCCAUAGCAACCCACUAGUUUGACCUCUACUGUCAAAGGCAACUGCCUAGUUGAUACUUGAAAUGGAAAUCUGUUUAUUUUUGGCUAUCAAUAGUGCUCAAGAUGUAGAUAAACCACAGAAGAAUGUAACUAUGUAAAAAGCAAUUAUUUACUGCAAAUAUCCAGGAGAAUUCACUCAGUUUUAAAAUCGCAUUUGUUUGUGUUGUUAGGAAGUUCUGUGCCUAAAGUGUUUUUUUAAAAGGUAUUAUGGUGAAAAAAAGUAUACUUCUAAUCACAUAUGCUUGUCUCCUGCUAAAGCUCAGUGGCUUAGAGGUUUAAAUUGCUCUACAUUUUUGGAAGUUAGUGUUGUAAUGAGAUAUGCCACGCAGAUGGCUUUUCUGUAUUAGGCAUGCAGAACUGUCAGCUCUUAAUUGCAGGAAUUCUCAUUUUCUCUCCCCACCCCCCCUUUGUGGUUCUGAUGAUUUUACCUUUAAAGGCACAGCAGAAAAUAAUCUAAUACUGUACUGUUUUUGUACAAUUUGCUGCUGAUAGUUGUGCAAGAUACUGCACAUUGUAAUGCAUACUUAGUGAUCUGUUCCGUUUAGUGCUUCACUUUCAGUUUUGUUACAUGCAAGUUUGUAUCACACAAAACAGGUACAGACUUUUCCUUCAACUAGUUUGGACAGAAAGCUUGCUUUCCAUAAUCUUGGCCAUUUAUCAUGUAUAUUCUCCAUUGUUGGAAUCUUUUCUUUAAACAAGUCUUCUUUCUAUGUUGUUACAAGCACAACUGUGCAACCAUUUGUUUUUAGUGGGGAGGUGAUAACCCUGAGUCUGCAGCAUGACAUACAUACUCUCAAGGCAACGUGGGACACAAACAGGCAUUUAUCAACACCUCUUGUGCUGGGAGAGCCUAAAGCAGGCUUCCUCAACCUCGGCCCUCCAGAUGUUUUAAGACUACAAUUCCCAUCAUCCCUGACCACUGGUCCUGCUAGCUAGGGAUCAUGGGAGUUGUAGGCCAAAAACAUCUGGAGGGCCGAGGUUGAGGAAGCCUGGCCUAAAGCUUCCUGUGUGUGUAGCAUUUGUAUUCGUUGACCUGGAGGAACUCACAGUUGCCUCCUCUGUACCCUCCCCCUCCCUUGUUUUAUUGUCCCAGAAACCCUGUAAGGUAGGUUAGAUUGAGAAAUUGCAACUGGCCCAAGGUCAUCCCCUGAGCUUUCAUGGCUGAGUGGGGAUUUGAACUCUGGUCUUCCAGGUCCUAGUCCAACACACUAACCACUACAUCAAACUGCCCCCAUAAGGAUAAGAAUAUAAGAAGAGCCUUUCUGGUCCAUCUAGCCCAGGAAACUGUUUCUGACAGUGGCCACAGGUGUCACAGUUGUGAAAAAUGAUAAUAACUUGAAAUGAGUGUGGUUGCUGUAUGUGAUUGGGAGGAAGCUUCAAAGUUCUCCCUGCUCAAACAGGAGGCUGCCCAAAGUGAGUGAGCAAGGUGCAGGCAAGAGAUCAAGUGAACAAGGAGGGUACCUUUGUAUCUCUUUUUCUCUGUCCUCAUUUCCCAUUACCUCAUUGGUUUGAGAAUGAUGGUAUGUCCCGCUUGUGCGUGGCUGUUCUAGCUACAUACCGUAUUUUUCGCUCUAUUAGACGCACCGGACCAUAAGACGCACCUUGUUUUUAGGGGAGGAAAACAAGAAAUAAGAAAGCAAUGCAAAGCCUCCUGGGCGAAGAGGGAGCGCUCCUCCCUCUUUGCUCAGGAGGCUUUGCGGGGCUAUCCCUGAAGCCAGGAGGCUUUGCGGGGCUAUCCCUGAAGCCAGGAGAGCAAGCGGGAUCAGUGCGCACCGAUCCCUCUUGCCCUCCUGGCUUCAGCGAAAGCAAGCCCCCAGCUUUCCCCCCACCUCCCGCAAGAGCCACACGCUCUUUAAAGGGAGCGCGGCUCUGGGGGUUUUCUGGGAGUUGGGGGAAGGGACGGAGCCACGCACUCUGUCCCUUCCCCCACCUCCCGCAAAAGCCAGAGAGAGCCUCGUGAAGCCUCUGCAGGGCAGCGGGAUGAAGGCUCCCCGCUGCCCUGCGGAGGCUUCGCACGGCUAAGCCAGAAGCUAGAACAGCGUUCUGUUCUGGCUUCUGGCUUAGCCUCGCAGCCUGCAUUCGCUCCAUAAGAUGCACACACGUUUCCCCUUACUUUUUAGGAGGGGAAAAGUGCGUCUUAUAGAGCGAAAAAUACGGUAAGCAACAGCACCAGAGAAUCAGAAUUAGAAUGUAGGAUGCGGUUUCGGCUUAUCUUUUCAAAAGGCAAUAUGCAAACUAUUAUGCUUAUUUGCAACCAAGAUAUACAGGCAACAAACAUUUUGCACGUAUUCUAAGCAUGCGUGACCAUGCAUGCAGAGGUGGUUUUUGGACCUGGAAGAGUCCACCGAUGCAUGCGAUGAUCAAGUAUACAACCCCAGUGCAAAUUCGGGGUUGCCUGCGUGUAAAGGAGUGAUGGCUUGUGAUAUGUUGCCAGUAUUGCACUUGUAGCUGAAAAAGUUGCACCAGUGUAAGGCAGAUACUGGUCAAUCAAUUGUCAUGAUGGCAAAGUGUUUCCUGUAGAAUCUGAUGAAUCCUCCUGUUUAUUGCAAGGGCCUAAAGUAAUGUUGGCCUUUUCACAUGACCGAAGGCUACAGGGGAUUUCCAUUCCACCUACAGUGGUGCCUCGCAAGACGAAAUUAAUCCGUUCCGCGAGAGUCUUCGUCUAGCGGUUUUUUCGUCUUGCGAAGCAAGCCCAUUGACGGAUUAGCGCUAUUAGCGCUAUUAGCGGUUUAGCGGCUAUUAAAGGCUUAAAGGCUUAGGGGAUUAGCUGCUAAAAGGCUAUUAAAGGCUAUUAAAGGCUUAGCAGAUUAGAUAAAGGGGGGGAAAAGCGAAAAAAAAUCUCAAGACUCGCAAGGUAUUUUCGUCUUGCGAAGCAAGCCCAUAGGGGAAUUCGUCCUGCGAAGCAACUUCAAAACGGAAAACCCUUUCGUCUAGCGGUUUUUCCGUCUUGCGAGGCAUUCGUCUUGCGGGGCACCACUGUAGUAAGUUUUUAAGUAGUUGCCAUGUCAUUAGCUAUUGUCUAAAUGCAUUCUUCCAGUGGUAAGGAACUGGGACCAAAAAAUGCUUCAUCUAGAAUAAAUGUGAAUAGUAUCUAAAAAUUAUUUUUAUAGAGCCUUAGACACAGCCUGUUGCGUUCUAGUGUUUAACAUGUCAAAUGUGACGCUAGAGUCAUGCUUUCACAUCUGUGGCUCAUUGGACCCCAUAACUAUUUAUCAACCUUCCAAGCUGUAAAAUGGGCUCAUUAGUAUUUCAUGGUGUCAGUGGCUAGGGCCCAGAGUGUGCGUUCAGGGAAUUACUUAGUUACUGAUAAUGUAAAAAGUUCCCUUAUCUCUAUAAAUUUGUUUAAAUAAACAGAACAAUUAUCUUUUGUUGCAGAUCUUGGGAUGCCAUCACACACAUCCAGCCAUCAAAACUACUGUCUUGUAUUUCCACUUCAUUGGUUGCACCACUUUCAGUUUCUCAGGUAGAUGAAAAGAUUUCCUAACCAGGCGUAAAAUUCCCACGGUGUCGUCCCCCGCCCCCCCCUUUCCAUGGUCUGCAUUGCAUGAGUUGCUCUGCUGUAGAGUGAUUAAUCACUGGCUACAAGAUGGAACAGAGAUGGCUGGCAUAACUUACAGAAGCAGUGUUAUCUGCUGGCUCCCUUGCUGCAGAAGUGAUGGUGUCUGUCUAGUGUGUGUGUGUGUGUGUGUGUGUGUGUGUGUGUGUGUGUCUCAGUGUUGUUUUGUGCUGCCAUGUCAACUUCUAAUGGAUUGUUAUUCAGGUCAGUAGAGAUACUGCAUCUACCCUUUUCAGUCAUCCUAAUGUAUUUUUCCUUUGCCACUGAAAGGGAAACAAACAGUAGCAGUUACUGGUCAAUACACAGCUUAUUUUGGACUUGCCAUUGGUGUCACGUUUGCAGCUUCAGUGGCUGCUAAGGGUUACAGACGUCCUAACUUGAAUCCCUGCAAUUUUACACAGAGUGGUUUCCACACUUGAAGGAUUACUUAUGAAAGAAAAGGGAAGGAGGUUAGUUAUUAGUAGCAUGGCAACAGAAUUUUAUAUAUGUAUGAUGCAGAAUUGUGUUUUUGUAUCCAAAAUGGAACUUCUUAGUGAAUGGGAUUUUGUUUUAUAAGAACAACUAAUUAUCUGCUAUUGCUUUGGAAUGUAAAAGCAAUAAUUUUGUCCACUUUGUCUUCAACGUCAAAUAAGUAAUAUUUAAUAUAAUGAGGAAAGGUUCUGUGGGCCUGAGUUUUUGCUGUGUGUGUGAUGGUUUGGUUUUAUUCCAUUAUCAUUUCCAUACAGUUGGCUGGGGGCGGGGGAAACCCUGGUCAGAUAGUUGCCCAAGCACUUAAAAUUUUGACAGUGUUUCUUGUCAGUUUUGACAGUCCUUUCCCCAUCCCUUGCCCAAUCCUCUGUAGAGCUGAUGUCUAAAAAACCUGAUUUCCCCCCAGUUUUGAAUGCAGUAGUUUGAAUAGAAAUAGGGUGCUAAGCAAAAAUCUAGAGUUCUUUCACUUUUCACAACAGUACAUUAAUUUUUGCAAGAAUAAGGUUUCCAUGUAUGUGGCCUGCUAGGGAAUACUGGUGCUCUCAAGGCCUGAUUAGUCUGGUCAGAGGUGAUGUAGUUCCAUGGUUGCAUGGUGACCCUGACAUGCAGCUCACGCUCCCCGUAUAGUCUGAAGGGAAGAAAUGGGAUGAGGGAGCUUCACAACACUGGGAAGAAUACCUGGAUCAACAUACUAUAGCAUACAUGUCCAGCCGUUCGACCUCUGCCCCCUGCCCUCUUGCUCCACCGCGUCAAUUUGGCACUCAUUUGGCGUUAGCUGUUGGUGACCCUGACAUGCAGCCCAUGCUCCCCGUAUAGUCUGAAGGGGGAGCUUCGCAACACUGGGAAGAAUAGCUGGAUCAACAUACUAUAGCAGACAUGUCCAGCCGUUCGACUGCAAUCGACAGGUAGAUCCCUUGGUGUUUGUUGUCGAUUGUGGUCAAUUGUGAGAUCCUUAUCUUUAAAAAAAUGACUUUUAAAAAAUGGGAAUGGAUGUCUCUUCCCCCUGCCCUCUUGCUCCAUCAUGUCAGUUUGGCACUUGUUUGGCGUUAGCUGUUGGUGAGUGAUUUAAAGGAAACUAAGAAGCUCAGCAACGCUGGUGCCCCCCCCCCCAAAAAAUCAACAACUCUGUCCCAUCCUCCCUUCACUGCCAAUGGGUAGGUCACUGCCAGUAUUUUUAUAGUGGGAGUAGAUCGCAGUCUCUGGGGAGUUGGACGUGCCUGCAUAGGAUAAGUCAGUGGUGUCCAAACUUUUUUCAAAAACUUGAUGAAGUGAAGGGCCGUGAGGGCCAGCCAAAGUUGUAAGUUGUUGAGCAUUUUUUAGGAUUGAAGUUGUCCCCGGAAACAGACUUUGGAUUGGAUAUGCCUGGGAUAAGUUAUCUAUAUGCUACUGGCCUUGUUCUCAAAAAUAAUUUUCAGCGUAAACUAUGCAAAUUUUCCAGUUGUAUGUGUUGCCUUUUGGGGGGGCAAAUUAUCAAAACCUCAGAAGUAGUCAUUCUCAUAAAUGAGUCAAUUUCUUAUACAUGUAUCAUUUCUAUGUUGGGAGUUUAAGGAAAUAUAUAUAAUUUAAUGUAAUUUUAACAGAAUUUAAUUUAAUUUAUAUCAUCAUAAACUUUUUUGUGUUUAUUUAUACAAUUGUGCCUUCCCUUCUAAGUCAUUCUCCUAAACAGAUCUACCUUCAAGGAGUGUUGGAUUAUUAAUCUCCUUUUGUGUGUUUUGUUAAAAACACACACUUUUAAUUAUGGUUCUUUUUUUUAUAUAUAAAAAAAAGAAUAUGUUUGCGGGAAUUCAGUGGUCUGGGAUACUUGAGGUGGGAUCCAGUGCCCUUGUUCUGUUAUCAUAAGGAUUUACUUUAAACUGGUAUGGGGAGGGACUGCUGCCAAUAAAUACAAUGUCAACACUGCCUCUGUGCCAGAUCAACCAUUUGAAUUUAGUAUUAGCCUCAAUAUUAAGAAAUUUGUUUGUAUUUGUUUUUCAGUUUUUGUGGUGAAUUGCAUCAAAUAGGUAUACAGUGGAACCUUGGUCUGCAACCAUUUUGGAUUACAGCCACGUCAAACCCGGAAGUGUGUGUCCCUUUUUUUGGAUUACAACCCAUUUUUUUGGGAGGCCCCAUUGGCGAAAGCACGCUUUGGGUUACAACCUGCUUCGGUUUACAACCAGACCUCCGGAACGGAUUAUGUUUGUAAACCAAGGUACCACUGUACUGGAUCUAAUACUGGGUGGAAAACUUCAUAAAGGCAUUGUUGAAAGAUACAGUCGACACUGGUAGGGUUAGGAAGUACUGCUGUCUGAAACAGUGGGAUUUGGAUGACAUUACUGCCAGUCAAUACUAAGCAACUUGAGAUGCUUUUGUACAGUAUAAAGCAGCUUCCUCUCUCACCAUCCUAGCGGUGCUCACUGAAAAGCAUUUUGCUACUUUUUCUAGCUCUGGAGUGUAGUUAAUUACAAAACCUGAUUUGUGAAUCUUGUUUCUAAUGUAUAACUCAUCUAAAAACCAGUUGUUAUGCUGUACAAAAUAAAACAAUACAAAUGCCAAUCCAACUGGUUGUUUCCUCCUGCUCUGGAGGCUAGAUCAGUGGAUUCAAGUUACAGUGUAAGAAAGGAGAUUCUGACCAAACAUCAGGAAGAACUUUCCAAUGGUAAGAACUGUUUGACAGUGGAAGAUACUCCCAGCAAAGGUGGGGUACUCACCUUCCUUGUAGGUUUUAAAGCAGAGGCUGGACGGCCAUCUGGCAUGGAUUUUUAGUUGAGGUUCCUGCAUUGCAGGGGGUUGGAAUAGAUAACCCUUGGGAUCCCUUCAAACAUUUCUUUGAUUCUAUGAAAGGUGAGGUGCAGCAAAAACAUUGUGGAGGAAAAUCAGUUGCAGUAAGGCAAAAUGAGAAGUUUCGUUGUCAGCAGCCAUUUAUAUAAAGUAGAUGAUGAGAUUAGUAGUGUGUCACAUGGAAAGCAGAUCUGGUGACCAGGAACAGAAAUGGAAAAGAGUAGCAUUUAACUUAAACUGAACAGCAAUAAUAAAAACCCAUUAGAACGAACUAACUAAAAAUUCCAAGCUCUGAUAGGGCACUUUCUUUUUUUUUAAUGUUAUUGUGGUUGCUUUCCUUAAAUGAUAUUCUCCCAUAUAUUCCCUACUGUACACUGUGUGAUAUCCAGACCCCAGAAGCCUGCCAUCUGAGAUCUAGUGUGUUCUUUACUUUGUGUAGCAGCAUUAUGUCUAGGUCAGUGUUAAUGGUAUAGACAAGUUACAAAUCUGCAUAGGCAGUAGAAGGGAGGAAGAGAGAAAGCGCAAGCUGAGAACACAACCCUACUUUUCAAACCAUAGUUAGGAGGUCAGAAAUGUUAUGCCUGCACAGGAUCAAACUCCUGGUGGCAUAUGUGGAAUGCAUAUGGGAGUUUGAAUUAAGCAGAGUUUGCAAACCUGCUUUUAAUUCUGUUUGCAAAAACUAACCAUAGUUACAGUAGCAUUAUUGAAGAUUUCACUCUGCACCAUGGUUAGCUCCAAAAAGGGAAAGCAUAGGAGGUUUCAUCAAGAAGCAUGAAGAUAGUGGGUGGGAGCAUGUGAGUUGAAGCAUGCAAUUAAUCUCCUAGCCAUAGUUAGGAAAUCAGAAAUGUUACAUCUUCACCAAACCUGAGGAAAGGGGUUUUGGUUUUUUCAAAUGGUGCAUGUAGUGAUUUGUUAUUGCACCUGAAUGCAGUCGUCAUGCAAGCACCUAUUAUUCUAUAUGAACUGGAAGACUCUAAUAAAACAAAUAAAAGGGAACAUUAUCUAUUAUAAUUGUAUAAAAUCUGUUACAACAAAGAAACAAAAUAAAACUACUUUUCUAUUGCACAACUGUCUGGGCUGCUAUGGCUGUGCUAGAAUGGGAAUGCAAGAUCUUUUCGGGCAUAAUCUGUUUCAUGUAGGUUUGUCGAAAUGCCAAGCAGUGCUGAUACAUUUUACAUUCACCUCCUAGCCAGGUGUGAUGAAGUGCAAUAAUUGAGUGCUAUUAAAAGAGAAAAAGAAUUGCCAGCACUCAAGGGCAUCAUAAAAAAUGAAUGGCAAAUAAACAAUCAAGGAGGUUACUAUGGAAAUUGCACAUGUCUCAGUUAACCCUGUAGACAAUAUCAUGGCUUUGUUAAAACCAAUAAGACUUAUGUUACAUCUUUAAAUGUAGCCAGGAAUUUACACUAGUCACAGGGUCUGUCUAAAGCAAAGGAUUUUAAAACAAACGUACAGUUAAAGAUAUAUUUGUAUUCUCUAAAAAGCAGGAUGUAUGUGGGAAUUUUCUCACUAUUUUAAUUUCCUUUUUGCAGGCAUUAAUCAGUUCUGCUCAGUGGCACACAUCCUAAACAUAUGAUGCCAUUUAGUAAGACUGUGAUUGUUUUCAGAAACAUGAUUUGAAAAACACACACCUUCUCCACAGAAGCUGAUUUGUCUGUUUUUGCCAUUACCAUCUUCAUGCUGUUAAUUCAAGAAGGAAACUUUAAAAAUCUUUCCCCGUAAACUUUAAUAAAUGUAUUGUGUAUCAGUAGGGGGCUAAAACACUGGCAGAUGUUCAAUGCAAACCAUAUGAGAUGAAAUUGGACAUCUUUUGGACACUUGAUUCCUUUCUAACACACACCACGGAGGACCAAACAUGAAGAAUGCUACAGUGACAGUGGCCAGACGAUAUUUUCCAUUUCUGCGUCCUAAUGUGCCCUUGCUAUGGCAUGUCCCCCAAUCAUCUGAGUUCUGAGUCAUAUAGCAUAUGUUGUUGUUUUUCUCAUUAAUCAUCUUCACUUUUUGAAUCAUCCAAUAAACAACCUCCAACAGGAAAACUAAGCUCGACUUGGUUGCCACUUGCUGGAAAAAUGUAUAUGAUCCAAACCUGCGUUUCUGCAACUGCAAGUCUCAGUCUGUAUUUCAUCUGUUGUCUUGAUAGAUGUCUUGAUGCCUCAGUUCUUAACAGAGCGAAAAUGAAUUUGGUCCUGGAAGUUUUCCUUGGAACAUGUGCUUUAUGACUUUGGGUAUUGUUCUGUGGGUGUACGCUAAAUAUUCAUACCUGAUACGUAGUAGCAUAUUAUGGUAGUUGUCAACCUUUCCAUAUUUAAAGAGCACUUUCCAUUUUGGCUCCCAUGUAUUACUGAGGAUUCCAGGGUACAAUUAUAGGAUGUAUACCCAGUCCAUGCAAGUUAUUGUUGAGCCUCUCCAUUGCCCAUCAUUACAUUAGUGUUUUCACUAGAACACACCCAAGAUUCCCUUGAAGAUAAUCAGUAGCGGUGGGAAAGUUGUCUCAGGGUAGGUAUGUCUGCCUUAACUAUUUCUUUCAUUGCAAAAAACCUGAUGAUAAAGGUUCUGUAGAACUAAGGAUUCCCAGGGACUUACCACUGGCAUAUAAUGUUUUACAAUGUUUAUUAGUUGCCAUGUGGUGGUACUUUAGUAUCUGACCUUAUCGGGGAGAGCCCCUCCACUACUUAUUUGUUUGUUAUCGAGCGGCAUCUUGCACAUUAGUUUUUUUCCUUAGCUAUUACCUAUUUUCUUUUCUUUUCUUUUCUUCCUUCCUUUAUUUAUUUGCAAAGUUUUAUUAUUAAUUCAUGUUUUAAUGUUAUAAAACGGAAAGAACAAUUAUAACAAAAUACAAGUUAAAAGUUGAAAAACAAAACUAUAAAAUAGGCACAUAGAAUAGGUAGUUGCACAUGAGUUAAAAUAACAAAGUCCAAGUAAAGACUUUCAACUAUAUCAGAUCAUCAAGUAUAGUUCCUGUUUUUCCAGACUUAUGACGAGGGUUGUCUUGGAAAAGAUGGUUCUGCUGCAUUACUUACAUUUUCUAACCUUUUAUUACCAUUGCUACUAAAUAUCUCAAUACUACUAAUUUUCUCUCGGUGUACGCUCCAGUAACUAUGGAUAAGCAUUGGACAAAACAACACAGAGACUCAAAUAUUAAAGAAAAAGAAAAGUAAAUUUUAUUUUAUUUUAUUUUAUUUACAAUGGUUAUUAAUAUAGACAAAUGCUGAUGUUUGUUUAGGGUAACAUGCACACUAUUCAUUAUUACUGUUGCUUUAAAUAAAUGUAUUUACACUAUAUGGUUGCAAUCACUUUAAAUAAUAUAGCAAAUACGGUUUAGGGUUCCUGUCACCUAAAGCCAAUUUUCCCAUACCACUCCUCCCUAGGUAACACUCAACUAGGUGCUGAGGAUUUGCAGUCUUCAACCAGGUCUGUGGCCUCUUCUCCCUUGAAUCUCUUGAAUUUCUCUCAGGACUUAUGCUACAGUCUUCACUCUGGUCCAACCAUCAGUGUUGCUCAAGAUUCUCAGCAAUUCUGCUGACUUUUGGCUGUAUAACUUUCUUGAAGGCUGCCUCAUUAGUCACAAGCUCUUCCCCACACACCUUGAUUUCAGCUCCUGGCUUUUCUCAGGCCUCCUAAGUCCCACAAUGACCAUUGCCAGACUCAAAACUCCAGCUCUUCCUUCUCUUUCACACUACUCUCUUAGAAGCUGUCUCCAUCUCUGUUCUUCUCCUUGGCUAGAGCCUAUCCUUCCUUCUCUCUAUAGUGCACCCUAUUUCAAUUUGGGUAGAAAUCUGUAUGUUCACUGUGUUCUGUUUGGAUCAAAUACAGCGGUACCUCUGGUUACGAACGCUUCAGGUUACGAGCUCCGCUAACCCGGAAGUAGCUGCUCUUUGCUUCGAACUUUGCCCCAGGAUGCGAACUGAAACCGCGCGCCGGAGGCCCCAUUAGCAAAAGCGCGCCUCAGGAUAAGAACGGUUUCAGCUUAAGAACGGACCUCCGGAACGAAUUAAGUUCAUAACCAGGGGUACCACUGGUACUGCACUUACCUGUUGAGUAAAGGAAGUUUGUUAUGACAGUAUAUUUUUGCUCCAUGUUGCAUUUGGAAGGGAAGAUGCUUCGUUGCCCGGGUAUUUGGAUGCUGUGCUUAUUUUAGACUGCUUAAGAAAGAGGAAGGGAAGGUUGUUCAGGAGUGAUCCCCUUGUUCUUCUUGCUUCUGCUGCCUUCUUUGCCCCUGGAGCCCUAGUUGCAGCAUUAAACUUGAAAGUCCCAGAGGUUGGUUUUUUUUUGAGCUUUUUUUAAAAAACACACUGGCAUCCUGAAGCAGCAUAUAUGUAACGUAACCUUCCUCAACUCAGUGCCCUACAGACAUUUUGCUCUGCAACUCGCACCAGCUGCAGACAGUACCAUUGUGAUGAGAGUUGAAGCCAUAAGAGUAAUGCAUCUUCUUUCUCAACUUUAUUGCUGGCUUUGACUAUUUUUGCUACUUCAUCAUGGAUCCUGGCAUAGCCAUAGCUAUGUGGGAGGUGGGGCUAGCCGCAUGAAGCCUCCAGAGGGGCGCCAUUGAGGCUCCCAGUCUGUGUGUGUACGCAAAUGUGCAGGGGUGUGUGUGUGCCAAAUUGGGUCUUUGACUUGGGUGAAAUAAAGUCUAGGCACAGGGUCCUUUCUUAUGUACUGAUUAAUUAUUUUGACAAGUGAGUAGAGUACAGUUGUUCUGUGAUAUGAAUAAGUUCAGUUCCCUUUCUGGGUCUUCUCGAUUCUUGGUGCUGUGCUUCACUGUAGCCAGAAGUUUUCUACUGUGACUGGGGGAAAGUCAUCUGGAUCUCUGGACUGAGUCCAUUGGGCAUGCUUUUCCUUACACCACUUAUUUGCAGGGCUUUUUUCCAGGGGGAACUCACAGGAGCUCAGUUCUGGCACCUCUCUCAAGUGGGUGCCAUUGCCAUUCUAAGAGGUGUUCAUGGUGAGUUCCAGCACCUCUUUUUCUAGAAAAAUGGCACUGCUUAUUUGAUAGAUAAUAGCAUCAUGCCACCAUUGGGAGCAGAAGCAACCUCUGAGCGAGCAGAGGGUUCUGACUAGCCUUGGUUCUCCCUGACCAUCCACCUACUCCAUCCAUUUCAGCAUUUUUUAGUUCUGCCAGCUCACACCCACCAGUGCAGCAGUAUCAUUGUUUCCCCUCACCCCCACCCCCAAAUUCCGUCUGCGCAAGAGGAUUUAGUAGUGAUCUUAUCCUCCAUAUUAUCAUGCACAUGUGUGUAUGGCAUAAAGAUUAAACUGAAUUCAUAAAUGAGUGUGGAAGGUGAGCCAAGUAGUGUUAAUUGAUUUACCACAGGCACCAGUACACAAGCUUAGAUUUCAUCUGGGGAGAAUGGUGUGAAUUUCAUUUCUUCAGUUGCUUGUGCUAGUUCCUGAAAAUAUUUGGCAUGGAUCCUCAACUGACUUUUCAGUGCAUGCUGUAGCCUGCUAUUUCAUCUUGGGUGAAGACAAUAGAGACACACAGAAAAGCUUUAUAUCUUUACAGUCUGAUAAAGACUUCAGAUUUCACUCUGAACUCGUGUAGUGACUGGCUUAAGUUGAAAAUUAAGGUGAAAAAUCUGGACAAAAGCUUAGCCUAAUGCUAAAAAUUAAAGUUCUGAAUGGGGCUGAAAGAAAUACUGCACGUUUAGCUCCCCUCUCCUUUCUGUGUUUAGUUUAAUUAACUGAAGGCAGCUUUGCACGACCCAGUUACGUCUUUGAUGGAUAGUGGCAUCAUUUCCCCCAACCUUGUGGAUGCUCAGGCGUGUUGAGAUUAUGACCUGGUUCCAUCCACUUCUGGAAAUUUUCCAAGGUGUGAUAAAUUUAUAUGGUAGAACAUCCCUAAGACUCACUUAAUACCCCCAAAUCAUUUAUAAGAGGCCACAUAAAAUGUUGGUGUGAAUAUGCUGUUACGUCCCAAAAACAUAAAUUAGAAAUCUCCUUUUGAACAUAACCUUUAAGCUGCAAAUGUUCUUCCACAUAAUAUAGACCUAGUUAGCUGUCAGCAAUGGGAAAUGGGAUAGGUAAAGCAACGCAUGUAGCCCACUUGCCUAUUUCCAAGAAUUGCCAGUUCUGUAAGUUCUUCAAAGGAUUUAUUUUGGACACUACAGUCACUAAAUUAUGCUCUUUGGGUUGCUUUCCCAUUUUAGGAAUAUUGCAGACUAUUAACGACAACCCAUGAAUUCUUUAGUCCUUAUUAAAAAAUUAACCAUGGCUAUUUCCGUAUCACACUUUUAUAAAUAGGCACUCAACUGUAGCGAGUAAAGCUCUGUACAUAGCUAGAUUGUUCUUUUUGUCAAUUUGGAUUGAACCUGGUUUGGGGAUAAAUGCAUCAAAAAACAGUGUAUCACACGAAAUGACAUGAUAGUUGCAGGAUUGACUCCAGAUUGAGUAAAUGAGCCGUAAAAUGGCAAAUGAAGUUCAAUGUAAACAAGUGUAAAGUGAUAAAUAUUAGGGUAAGAAAGUCUCAAUUUCACAUAUAUGUUCAUGGGGUCUGAACUGCCUGUGACUGACCAGGAAUAAGACCUUGGGGUCAUAGUGGAUACCUCAUUGAAGUUGUUGAGAGUGUAAAAGUGUGAAAUCCAUGCUAGGGGUCAAUAGGAAAGGAAUUGAAAAUACAACUGAUGUUAUCAUAAUGCUGUUAUACAGAUCUAUGGCACAACUGUAUUUGGAAUGCUGUGUACAGUUCUGGUUGCCUUACCUCAAAAAGGAUAUUGUACAGUUGGAAGAGGUUCAGUAAACUGUGACCGCAAUGAUCAAGAGAAUGGAGCAUCUCCUCUAGGGAAAAGUUGCAGCAUGUGGAACUUGUUAGCUGAGACAAAAGACAAGAGGUGACAGGAUAGAAGUGUUUAAAAUUAUGCAUGACCUAGAGAAAAAGGGGAUAGGGAAAGAUGAUCAUAACCUGCAAGGGUAUGGUGCGAAGUCAAAAGAAGGCGACAUCACCCUACAGAAGAUACAUGUAAUUGAAACUGCAGCAAAACAUAACAGGAGUGGCAUCAAGUUUUAAAUAUGUGUAUCCCACAUAUUGAGGAACAAGCAUUUGAGUAUCUCCCACAGAGUCAGAAUCUGUAUACGAAGCUCUAGAAAAGGAUGUGUCAAAAAAGGUUGGGCCAGUUGGACAAAGCGUGACGCAAGCUGUGGGGCCACAAACUAGCAAACUACAGCUCAAUUUAACUACAGAUCAAUACACAUUCGGCUUCAUUGGCUAUUCACAGGUUUUAGAGUCAUGAGAGGGAGGUAAAGCAUAUUUCUCCAUGUCACCUCAUCAGCUUUACCACAUUCACCAGGGAUGGCAAUACUGUUCCCAUAGUGUUCUAAGCUUGUGUUUGAUGUGUCUGCUAUUGUAUGGUUGUGAAUUUUGCUGAGUUUUGCAAUACUCCGCUAUUCUUCAUUAGUUGCUUCUAAACAGCUACAUUCCCUCAAAAAUGAUUCAUGCUGCUGUUCAUCACUUGGGUGUCCCACAUUUCAUUCUUUGGCCAGAUGUUCAUUACUUGGAUACUGCUGUGGGAAGUUUUCCCCACUGUGGAGAUUUGUGCUAUAGUCUUGAUGAUAUACACAGUCUGCAGCACGAAGUAGUCUUCUUACUAUGAAUGAGCACUCAUCACAAUGUCUCUUACAUGUAGUUUUAAUGGUUUCAAUAAACAGGCCUUUUGUUUACAUGUUCUGCUUUUGGCUUGUGCUCUGAUGAAAAAUCAACAUGAGUAUCGCAAAAUAAACACUCUGAUUGACUGUUAAAUGACCUUUGACUUAAACAAAUAUUUCAUUUGAGAUACUGUUCACAUGACAACCUUUUUAAAAAAACAUGUCUUUUAAGUUGGUAAAUAACUCCCAGCAUGCGCACACGUGCGCGUGCGCACACAUACACACACACAAAUAUGAUUGCUUAUAUGAGAGAUUCAACACUACUGAAAUAUUAACCAGAUUUAUAGCAUUUGACAGCAACUCAGGGAUGAUACAUGCAGGUAUCUCCCCCCCCCCCACUCACCUUCACAGGUGAAGUUCAGACAUUACCUCAUUAUUUUUGGGGACUGAAAAAUCCUUAGUUUCCCAUAAAUAAUUUUUAAAAAUGUGAACUUCAUGAGGUAUCAACCAUACUCAAUUCAUUAUACUUACCUGCAAAUGAGACACAAUUUUGACAUGUACAUUUGAGGGUGUUCCCAAGCUUUGGUUAGGUCAUAUUUUUGAUUUGUUAUUUCCAGUCAUUUCUGACUGGAAAAUUAUUAUGUUACAAUCUGUUUUCAGAGAUUCAAUACCUUUCUUCCAUAUUUUACCUAGGCUGCAUGGCAAAAAGGCUUCUUCAUAGUUAGGCUAUCACUUAAGCUGUCAGAAGCUGGGAGUGGACAGGAAGAUGGAGAGUCAAAGAUUUUGCCAAAAUUGCUUCAUUUAUUUUGUCCUGGUCAAAAACAUUACUAAAGCUUACAGUGGUACCUUGGUUUACAAACUUAAUCCAUUCCAGAAGUCAGUUCUUAAACCAAGGUGUGCUUUCCUAUAGCUGUGGGGGACUCAAUUUACAAAUGGAACACACUCAACAUGUUCUGCUUCCAAGGCAAAGUUCACAGACCAAAACACCUACUUCUGGGUUUGCAGCGUUCUUAAUCCAAGUUGUUCAUAAACUAACCAAGAUACCACUGUAUUUGUAUACCAAAGGAGCCCAAUUAAAUGUUUACAUAAAAAUAGAUUUCACAAUAUCUAGGGCAGGGGGGCUAAUCUCUGCACCAUUGGCCACAUUCAGCCCUGCAAGAGGUUUUUGUGUGAAACUCAAAUCCCCCUACCCAAAGUGUCAUUUAAAAUAAUAACAAAUUAAACUUCUUCUUUUUUACUAUUCCUCUGGGUUCUUUGCCGUGGUACCGUAAUGCCAAAGCUUUCCUCACCUUUUUUCCACAUUCAAUUAAAAAAGAACACACCUUUGAAAUCAUUUUGAUGUUUGUACUCCCUGCUCCCUUAGAUACCCCACUGGAAUGUAUUCUCCAGUUUUGUCCAUUUUUAUUUUUCUUACUGACCACUCCAGUGGGUCCCAUGAUGCAAUUUUGUGAUGCCAAACAGUUUUUGUGGAACCCCCCCCAAUUUACCCUAUUUUAAAAACACCUGUCCAUGUCCAUUUUUACACAUCAUGUCCAUUUUUACACAUCAGCUGUGCCUCAGUUGACAAGCCUCUUCCCCUCUUCCUACCUCCAACAGUUGACGAUGAAUAAAAAAGUUUUGCCACCCAUUGACUCUAGGGGAUGUGGGAAGUGAGGACUUUCACAGUCUCCUGAGCAGAUGAUGAUGUCAUCACUUCCUCCAAUAUUGAAUUCAGAUGCUGUCAACAGAAUUGUAACCAGAUGGUGCCGCUAGAAAAUGAGAGAGGUAUCUGCAUGCUUGGGAGAGCCCCAAAGUUUGAAGUAGAAGAAAACCAAAGGAGGCAAGCCCACCAAUAUUAUUAUUUAUUAAAUUUAUAUACUGUCCUAUACCUGGAGGUUUCAGGGCGGUUCACAGAAUAAAAUUGAAAUAUAAAACCACAAAAUACAUAAUCGGAUUAAAAAUAUAGCCCAAUAAACACUGAGCCACAUAAUUCUGAAUUGGUAGGAGGAAGGGGGAUGGAAUGGAGUAUCCUGGAAGAUGUCAUGAGUAAUCCACACUAAUGUUUUGUUGUAGGCCCCACUUAUUUCCUCUAGUCGGAUUGUCUAGCAGUUUUUAUGUUUUGUGUGAAUGUAGUCACUGUGUAGUUUGAUCACUUAGUAAAAAAAAUAAUAUAUUCUUAUUAAAGAUUUCUUGGUUUACAAAAGUAUGUGCAGUGUCUUUUUUCAAGUCACAUUUUCUACAGAUCAGUUUCGUUAGUUGAGACAUUAGUGUUACAUUAGGAAGAAAAGGGAGAAAGAGGUGGAGGGGGGAAUGGUGAGUGAGUUGGGUGGCAGGGCUUCUGUUCUACUUAGUGUACGCAUGGGAUUUUCUGUCAGCAUGUGGGCUUUCUUAUUUGCUUGUAUUCCUUUGGUGGUGAGAGAGGUUGGGGUUGGCCUAGGGUGUGGUUGGUUGUCUUUGAUGGGCUGUAGUGAAAUUUGUUUUCAUGUGUGAGGGGGGCGGGUGGGUGUUUUUUGGAGCAGGUUAGCCAGAUUGAUUCAAAUGCUGUUGGCGGGUUCUUGUUGUUGUCUUGUUGGGCUGUGGUUUGACCACAUAUUGAACUUUAAGAUGACAAAGAAACAGGUGAAAGGAUGGAACCAUAAAUGAUGGGCUAAAACAGAAGACACUGCAGUCAUGAACGGAGUUGAGAUGAGGCAAGACUUUCCAUGAACUCAGUUUGCUGCCAGAGAUAUCUGCUGUGCACAGAACUUCCUCCUCUUAAGAAAUUUCUUUUAAUUUGGCACUGAAGCGGGAAGGUCUAAACAGGAAGUCCGCCUUCCGCUUUUGUAGAUAGAUUGAAGCAAAGACACGGCAAGCUAGAGUUUAGAAAGUCGUCUGUAAAGGAUCAAUUUUCAUCAUUUAAAAUUACUGAACCCCCCUUGGAAGCAGGAGAAGAGGGGGGAACUUUUUCUGGACUGUUUAAACCUGCAGAAGAGAGGGUUAAGAAAAGCAAUUUUCCACCGUCUUGAACCUGGGAGCGGGGUGUCAGGACAGACAUCCUCGGGAAGUUCAUUGACUAUAGACAAACGUUUUUGACAGGUAGUUAAAAGAAGAGAAACAUAUUGAUUCCAUUGUUCCCCUUCGCAUCUAAAAGGAACAAAAUAUUGACAAAAUAUCUGAAAAAGGAAACUUUGUUGUUAGAUCUGCUUUAAAAAAAAAAAAGAGAGAGAUGGAUACAAAUAGAAGCUUUUUCCCCUAGAGGGAGCUUGUGAAACUGUUAUUAAAUCCGAACUGGGGAGCUUCGCAGCUGCAAUAGAUUAAGAUCGUGGGACCAGACUUUGACCUCGAACAAGAAUGUACUCGGAGGCUCUGGUGCUUGCCUUUUGCAAGACAAGUGCCUUAUUGGAACAGUUACAUGAGAAGAUGGAUUUGAUGACUGUUGUGAUCGAAAAUGGUAGUGGGUACCUAUAUAGAACCCACUCAGGAAUUAAUCCAGGAGUGUGCUCUGACAGAUCAGAGGAGGGAGGAGGUUGUUGUUGGACCUUGGGAGGCAGAGAUGGAGGGAAUUGUGGCCCAGCAGGAACAUGAGCUGUUGGAUUUGACGAAUGAACCUGGAAAAAGCCAGAUUUGGAGAGAUAGAGUCUUGUUUGGCUUGGAGAUGGGGGGCUGGAUAGACCCCCCUAUGCAGGGAUGUUUUGACCUUUCAAGUCUGGCUUUGGGCCGGGAGGAGUUCGGAGUUGUGGGGGCCCUUAACUUUGGAGGGACCUUGAAACAAGUUUUUAAAUACCACAUGGAGUUCAGUGUUGACUAUGGAAAAGGGGCUGAUCUGUCGAGAAGGGACAAAAAUAUUGUCAAGCUGGAGUCUCCUCGAGUGAAACAUGUUUUUAAAUACCACAUGGAGUUCAGUGUUGACUAUGGAAAAGGGGCUGAUCUGUCGAGAAGGGACAAAAAUAUUGUCAAGCUGGAGUCUCCUCGAGUGAAAGGAGCAGAAGACAAAGUAAAGUACAGGUAUAAAUAUGAAGAAGACCCGCGGAAGGGACAUGGAAAAGACUUAAGAGCUUCGGAUAUAAGGUCACCAGGUUGAUGGACUAGAUGGAUGGGAUAAAAAGGACUGACAGAACCCGAGACCAGGAGGAAGAGACGUUGGAUGAAGAUUGGAAGAAAGUCUUAAAAAAUUUAUUUAGGAAAGUUUUGUAAAAUUAAUGAGUAUCAGAAAAAUGUUGGAAUGAAAUUAUUUGGCUUUAGCAGAAAUGUUAAAAAGAAUUAUGUAAGAAUAUGUUAUGGUUAAGAGAAAUUGGUAUAAAUAAGAUUUAAGUUUUAAGUUUUAGGGUUUUUAUGGUAAGAUAAGGUUAAAAUAGAUUAAGGUAAUUUAAUGACAGAAUAUUAUGAAAGAUGGAAAGGAUUUGCUGAGAUAAUUAACAACUAGAAUACAAAAAAGGGAGGUGUGAGGAGGUCGAUGAAAUAAGGUAAUGACAGUUAAGGAUUUGGGAAUAUUGGAUUUGUUUUUAAAUUUUUUGUUUAUUUUUGCUUUUUGAUUUUGAUGUAUUAUGUGUUUUGUUUUUUCUUUUUGACUUUGAUUUUUAUUGAUUUUUAUUGUUUAAUUGUUACUUGUUUUUUCCUUCUUUUUUUCUUUGUUUCUUUGUAAUCUUAAAAUUCUCAAUAAAUAUCAUUAAAAAAAAAAAGAACUUCCUCCUCUUCCUUCUCGUAUUGAUGCGUAUUUUAACUCACUGAACAUGCUUUUUAAAAUAAUGUUUAUUGCCCCCUUUUUUAUUUGAAAAGACCCUUGAUCUCUUUUUUCACAUCUGAGGAUCUUCCACUGUUGUAUCCUGUAUCCUUUCUAACAGCAUGUAUUUUCGAUCUACUCAGGAGUAAGUCCCAUUUUGUUCAUUGAGACUCACUCCCAGGUUAAUGUGUCUAUGGUUGCAUCUUUAAUCUCUGUUUUUGCUUGUUGUGCAACAAGGGAAGUCCACUGGAAAAGCUGCAUGUUGGAAGUUUCACCUUGUCCCAUCUGCUUUUUUCUCCCACCCCAUUGCUUCACUUACUAUAUUGACGGCUUAACUAGGUUCUUAUCCCACACAAUGCCUGAUUAUCCUGUGGGCAAUUUGUGAUUUUAUUGGUCCUGUGUUAACACAGAGGACUCUCCACAAUCUCUUUGAGCAGAAAUGGUAUCUUUAGAGAGAGAGAGAGCAAAACAAAUGUAUUUCAUGGAGGUCUGCAAGGUUUGAAUCUGGGUGGAGUAUCUUUAGGUCUGCGCGUGUUUGCUACAAAAACAAAGAGGAGCUUUAGUGACAAGUUCCAUCUGUCCAGGUCUGUACAGCUGCCCACUGAUUGGCUGCCGCAAGACUUUCUGUUUGCUUUAAAUGUGUGUUUUUAGCUCUUUCGCAGCAAGAGUGUGUGUUUUGUUUCUGUUUCCUUCCGACAUGCAAAACAUAGGCCUAAAUUUUUAAUUAGCAAAAGUGAGUGGUGAAAAGGGAGGAGGGGGCUGAGUAAUGUAACAAGCCUCAGUGGAGAGCAGCUGGGAUGUGUUGCCAUGACGACAGGUUCAGCAGGCUGCCAGCUAGCAUGUCAAUGGGCAGUGUAGGGAGGGAGCUUUCAAACAGCGCCUGCUAGCCACAAUGUGAUUGGUCACACCUCUGUUGUCUUUGUGUGGACCAGGGAAUGCUGGGUAGGACCCGGAGUGAAUGCUCAGUUUGUCUCAAAGCAACGGUGAGGUAAUGCUUUUGAAUCUUUUGGGAUUACGGACUUGGAUCUUUUGAAAGGCUGCAGUGUAGAUUAUUUUCAUUCCCGUUUGAACUGAAACCCCCCCUCCCCAGUACUCUUUAUAUGGUUUCUAUGUAUAUUUAUGUAGUGGGAUGUGGGAAUUUAGGAGAGCAAUUUAAGAUUUAUCUGUGGGCAGAUUGAUUGGCAGUGUUUGGGAUGAGCUGCUUUCAGCAUAGCUACGUAGUGCUGGCAUAAUUGAAGAUGCGCUGACAACUCCUUUGGCAAAGCGUGAUAAAAGGGAUUGAUGUGGGAGAGAAGAAAGUUUGGAGUUACUUUCUGGUCACCUUUGGAAGAAGAGACCCAAGUUAUGCCACUAUUUGAAUGAUAGGAUUUGGGUGGUUCAGUUAUUUAACACAGAUGUAAAAUUGUGAAUAUGUAAUCCCAGUGUGCAGUGAGAAACCCAUCUGUGUAAUUCUAGGAAUUUGAUAGUUUGGAGAAAUGUUUAAGAUGUAGGAUGCUAAUGGUUGUUUGUGAUGAUUUUUAAAACUAAUCAUCAUUGUUUCAAAGGCUGAAAAGCAUUGGAAAUACUGUCAUACUGUGUUUGUAAAAAAAACUUGCCUACAGUAGUUAAGACUUGAUUGAAUAUCAGAUGGUCCCCUUUUUGGCAGAAGGCGGGGGGAGAGAAUUGUAUAAUGUAUAUGUUGUGAGCCAGUAAGAUUUGGUGAAAUAAUUGCUUGCUUUCCAUUGCAGUUGCAUUUAUACUUUGAGAUAAAUAACGUUAAGGCAUUGUUUCCUUGCAUGUCUGUUUGCCCAUGGCAUCUACCUUGAGCACUUGCAUAACCAAAUCAAAGCAACUUGCUGCAUAACGAUCAGAUUUGUAUGUGCUAAUAGAAAUCCACAUAUUGCCCUCAUUUGGGUAUGUAGCUUUAAUAUGUGCAGGAGGUGAGGCCAAAGGAGGGCUAGCAAGUUCCAAGAAAUCAAGGGGAGUAGAAAGAAGCUGUUUGUAUAAGACAAAACAAGCAAAAACCAUCUGACUCCACAGCUUAGCAUUUUAAUGUGGCACUCGCUAGCUUCAGCAGCUUUCGAAACAAAAAUAAAAAAAAUCCUUCCAGUAGCACCUUAGAGACCAACUAAGUUUGUUAUUGGUAUGAGCUUUCAUGUGCAUGCACACUUGUGUAUAUGAAGAAGUGCGCAUGCACACGAAAGCUCAUACCAAUAACAAACUUAGUUGGUCUCUAAGGUGCUACUGGAAGGAUUUUUUUUAUUUUUUGUCUCGACUACGGCAGACCAACACGGCUACCUACCUGUAACUUCAGCAGCUUUGCCAUUGUACUUUGGGCAUGCUUGGUAGUGCAUUUUGCCCUCUGUUAAGCCUAUAUACGUGCAUGUUCCCAGGUAGUGAAAGAAGAAGCAGCUAGGGCAAAAAUAGAUCUACGGGCAGGACAUUCAAAAUUGUACCAGGGAGGAAUUUCUGGUGUUUUAUGAUGAUGGUAAGAUGCACUGUACUGUAGGUACCCACGAUCCAAGUACAACAGCCUUCCUCACAGUAAAGGUUGUGGAAACAGCCUAGCGGACUGGAGCCAAGAAUUAGGGGUUUAACAGUAACUUUGGCUGGCAGUCUGAAUGAAUUUUGGGACAACUCCAGUUUACCCACAACGGGAGUGCUUGCUGGGACAAUGCUGUCUAGCUGGUUCAGCUUAGAAACAAUAAUAUAUUGACACAACUCCUCCUUCCUGCAGUACACUGUCAUCUGUCUCUGGAAGUGCAGUUCAUGCCUUGCUACGCUUUCCUGACAAAUAAUUUGGCAUGUGGCUACAUUGAUGCAAGAAAGCAGCUGAGUUGCUCCUCUUUUUUCCUUAUUUAGGAGAAGGAAUGUGUGACUUAUCAGGAAGCGUGGCGAACGAUCAGGAAAAGAGAGUGCAGCACAGUCAAGAGUGGAAAAUAUAAUGCAUUUGUUGGUCGUCCCCCCCACUGGUUGGGGUGGGCAUAUGUGGUGUAGAUACUGUGAAGUCCAGGAGGUUCUUAGUCUAUUUGAGACAUUGGGAGCGAUAAAUAUGUCACGACUUCCCCCUUGAUUUUGAUUGCAAGCCUGUGGUUAUUAUUGUAUAGUGUCUUAAUACCUUUAGGCACUUUAAAAGUAAAGUAUGACAAAUACGACUUUUAACUGCCUGCUGCUGCUGUGGUUACUAUUAUGCAUUAUGAAACAGCUAAAAUUUUAAGUGUUGUGCAAAGAUGUGAAAAAAGCAGAAUCUCUGCCUGCAGGCUUCUGAUCUAAUAUAUGUGAUAUAAAAGUAACAGAAAAAGAACAUAAAAACAAGCAGAUUUGGGCACUAAUUCUUCAUAAGUUAACUUUUUUAAAUAAUUCUGAUUUGGAUAUUGCCCUAACAUGGAUUUUUGUUCUUGUUGUUGUUGCUGCUGCUGCUGCUGCUGCAGGCCAGCACAGCUACCUCUUUCUCUUUUUUGAGUGAUUUGGAAAACACCAACUUUAGCUGUUCAAUGUCAGGAUGCUAAACUGGGUAGGCUGCCCUAAUCUGGUGUUACCUGUGUGAUUAAAAACCUACAGACAGUCACUGAGGUUUACACACAUGCAGUGUUGUGUGGGAUUGUCAUCUGCAUGUUUCAGGAUUCCAAGGUCCUCUAACACAUGGGUAGGUAAACUAAAGCCUGGGGGCCAAAUCCGGCCCAAUCGCCUUCUAAUCUGGCCCAUGGACAGUCUGGGAAUCAGCAUGUUUUUACAUGAGAAGAAUGUGCCCUUUUAUUUAAAAUGCAGCUCUGGGUUAUUUGUGGGGCCUGCCUGGUGUUUUUACAUGAGUGGCAUGUGUGCUUUUAUUUAAAAUGCAUCUCUGGGUUAUUUGUCGGGCAUAGGAAUUUGUCCAUCCCCCCCCCCCAAAUAUAGUCCAGCCCACCACAAGGUCUGAGGGACAGUGGAUUGGCCCCCUGCUGAAAAAGUUUGCUAACCCCCUGCUCUAACACGUAAGGCUUGAUUUUUUAUCUUUUUUUAAGAAAUAGCUUGGAUAUGCAUUUUUGUGUGUCCAUGUAACAGCAGUAUCAUAGCUAUUUUUAAAUAGCAGGCUUUGUGUUUAGUAUGCUAGUGAAGAACAGUAACAGGGCCACAUUUUGCUAAUGGGUUAUACAUAGGGUUCUUCAAAUUCCCAUUUAAAUGUGAGAAUAAUAAACAAAAUCAUGAUUUCUUUUUCACAGAAAGAUGGUUGUAUACUAGUUUUUUUCUCUGAUUGUUAUAACAAUAUACAUAUAACCAGAGAAAUGCAAAAAGGGGUGUUCUGACUACCACUCAGAACAACCUUGAAUAUUGAGCAGUGAUUUUCAUUUCAUUAAUUAAACUAAAAUGCCUUUGCCUUUGGUUUAGGCCAGGGGUGAGGCAUGCUUGUGAUUGUUCAUUGGCUGUGGGGCUUUUAAACUGAUGCUGAAUGCAGGCCUCACCGAGAUUGGCUCCGCUUGGUAGUUCCAGGGUGGAGUUGACGCCUGCCAAAAGUGGACACGAUUCUACCUGACCUCACAAGAUACACUCACCUGUCAAAAGUGUUUCACAGAAGAGUGGCCAGCUUUGAAGCUGAAAGCGGUUCUCAGAAAUUUCCACCGAUAAACAAAUCUUCUUUAACAAUAUGUAUUUAAGUGUGUUGAUUCUUUGUGCUAUCAAGUGAAUAUGCCAUAUGCUUUGAUUUUGAAUAUCUUGCAUUAUGGUGCCUCUUUCUCUGCUUUCUUUAGAAAAACCUUCCUGAACUAGUCUGGGUUUUGAACUGUCAAGCAUUAGAAAACACUCUUGCGCAAGCAAAUAUGCUCUUUAUGCUCUUUGCCCAUCUCAAAAAUCUGUGAGAACUUGCAAGUCAGCACAUAAUUAAAUACUUCCUAGGAACAGCAGCUGUGUAAUGUAUUUCUAUUGGCAGGUUUUUGGCCACAAGGAAUACUCCCUCUAGUGGUUUAUCAGCACACCAAUUUGGGCUCCAGGUGCAGAUCUGUGGCAGGUUUAUUCUGGCACAUUUUAAAUCAGAGACUUUAAAUGAGACCUGCAGCACAAUCAUAUGCAUGUUUAGGUAAAUCCUACUAUAAGUAAAAAGCACACUGUAAGUUUAUUUAGGAUUGCUGCUCUGUGCUGCAUCAUUAAUAAUACUGAAGUGCAGCCAUGGGCUGAUUCAGGGCAAAGGUUAGUCAAAUGCAAAAGAGCAAACAAAAAAAAACCAAUGCAAAACUCAUUAUGUUGUGCUUCCUUUUCAUUGUUUCUUGAAAGCGACUUAUUUUCUCAAAUUCUUCUGUGCUGUCUGAACCGUUUUCAUUUUGUGCUUUCCCCCACAUCCUAAAUAAUGUGCACUGCAGUUUGAUCACUAGGGACAGUUUCUGAUUUGUAUGUAUUUUGGUAAACAAACCAUGGCUUAGUGUGCUGUGCAAACCAGACCAGUAUUUCCUAAAGUUUCUGAACUGCUGCAUUUAGAUCAGCUAGACCCUUUUCAAGAGGCUGCUUUGAUACAGAUUGUUUUGCACCAUUUGCCAAGUCCUCAAGUUGGCCUAAGGCAAAAAACUUCCAAGGUUAUCCUAGCUCAAUAAUGUGGCUUUUUCAGAUACCACUGCGGUCAUCUUCUAAUUUACAUUGACCAGCCACCUACCUACUUGUAAGCAGAAGGAAAUUUUGGUCUACUGCAAUUAAGAAUUAGGGUUGGGGGCAUGAUACAAAGGCUGUGCUUCCACAAUAUUUCUGUAGGGGACCAGCAGUUUUUCUUGGACAACUGGAUACAAUGGUGAAGCACAGUGGAGGGUUUUACUAUCAUUAGCUAGGUAGACAUACCUUUUUGAUACAGAAUACAAAUCCCUUCAGCUGCAAAAAUAUUAGCUUUUUUGGUUGUAAUUCUCAGAUGUGGACAUUUGCAUGCUUUUGACUUGUUUUCUCCAACAAUCCUACCUAAUUUGAAGAUUGAGAUACUAAGUCAGUUUCUCAGGUUAUUAUAAACAUUUUAGUAUCAAAUCUCUUCUUUUCUUUGGCCUCUCUUCUGUUGAUUAUUUUUAGGGAUGCACAUAGCAAUGUUCCUUUUAAUACUGCAGAUAGUUUGCCAAUACUGACUACUGUUCUGUUGGCAUCAUAGCAUGUUACUUGAUUAAGGAUUUAAAAACUUAAAAGUAAAAAAAAAACACACACAACAACUUAAAAGCAUUUUAAUGGGCUGUUACCUGUUAUACUUGUUAGGAAGAAUGGAAUGGUCUGCAAUAAUAGAAGCUUUUGUAUCUAAUUUCUAUAUCCAAAUAUUCUUAACCUCUGCAAACAGUGAAUUGAAAAGAAUUGUCCUUUUGUGAUGACAGGACAUAUUAGAUGAGUUAAAGCGGGGAGACACUCAUUCAGGGGAAGAUGGAGAGCUAACAAAUUCUUAUGGGUGAGGUAGACAUCUUGAUUACUGGCUUUAAGUCGAGAAUUCUAACCAGGGGAGGUGAGCAGCUGGUAUAGUCAUACCUCGGGUUACAGAUACUUUGGGUUGCGUGAUUUCGGGUUGCGCACUGCACCGAACCCGGGAGUACCGGAACGGGUUACUUCCGGGUUUUGGCGCUUGUGCAUGUGCAGAAGUGCUAAAUCGUGCUUUGCGCAGAAGCACCGAAUCGCGACUCACGCGUGUGCAGACGUGUGGGUCGCGGGUUGCAAAUGCUGCAGGUUGCGAAUGUGCCUCCCGCACAGAUCACGUUCACAACUCAAGUGUCCACUACACUUGCAUCACACCAUCACUUAAUGUGAGCAGAUCAUGAGACGUUAGAGAACUUUUCUAGAAAUCAAAGUCUUCACAAACACUUGCAGAAGUUAUGGGGUAGCAGGCUGACAGAAAGAGGAGGAGGAGGAGGAGACCUCGGUAUGGUAGAGCCAUUGAAAGUAUGGUAAGCUAAUUUGAAGUGUUAAUAGGACUGCUGGCUGACUAACACAUUUGCAGGGUUCUUCUCAUUACCUUUUGUCUGUCAUUUUAGUCAUGAGACACUGGUUCAGGGUUGACUCCUCUAGAUGACACAGAAGCUUGGCUUUGGAGCUCAGUAGGUAUGUGGUAUGAUACAUUCCAGUGGUUUUUCGCAUGGCAGAUGAGCUAUUGUGCCGCAGGCCAAUAAAAACAGCUACCAUCUCAUCACAGAGAAGGCCUGAGAAGAACGAAACUAACCAUAUUUCAAACUCUUAACCUUUUAGCACAAUUGUUUACUAGCCCAGAAAAGUUUUGAAAGCUGAGUUCCAUUUAGAAUGAUACGGUCAAACUCUCUAGAUUAGGUAUCAAAAUAGAACACAAGCUGCUAUGGACAGAUCCUCUUGAUAAAAUUGUGUGUGUGUGCGCGCGCGCACACACACACACACAAAACACCAAUGACUGGUGCAAGCUAUAUAAUUUCCCCUUCCCUCCAUCAAUGUCAAAUUCCUGUUUCUUGCAUGUGAUAGGUGCUACACUCACCAUUCCCCUAACUCAAACACACGGGAUACAAAAUACAUUUUCAUCGCUGCAAUCCAGCCUCUUAUAAGCCCAGACAUGCCUUGAGUUAUUUUUUUCUCAGAUAGAAUGUUACGGACUCUAGCAAAGGAGUCUUUCCUAGCAAAGGAAAUACAAAUCUCACGCUGAGAGCAACCUCACACAGUGACCUCAUUCUGAAUGUUACCUUCUUUGUCAGGAGCAAGAGAAGCAGCCGUUUUGCUGGCUUUCUGUCUUAGGAGCUGUUUGACAUUUAAUUGCCAACUUACUGGCGUGGUUUCAAGGCUUCCUCUUUGGUGCAUGCAUAAAAAAGUGAACAGGAUGAUGAGAAGCAAGCCUGCAAGGACUUGUUCACCAGUUUGAAUUAUUGGCAAACAGCCCUUAGCAGUGAAUUUAACACAGAGAAUUAUUGUAAAAAUAAAAUAAAAUUAAUAAUGUUUUUUCCACAAUUUUCCAGAACACAACAUGAAUAAUAAAUAAUAAUCAAUCACAACGGUAUUCAUCCACAACAGGUGAGUUAGGAAAGUUACAAUAACAGGAAAGUAAAACUUUACUCUUUUGUGUGGACACAUCCACACCAUAAUGUUGCAUGUGUGGCUGGAGGAUAAAUAACAUCUUUGCAAGUGUUGAUGAAACAAAGAAACAGGAACCAUGUUGCAUCAAAUUGAUUGGACAUUCCCUUGACUACCCUGUGAGGUUGUGUUAAAUGUUAUGAGAGGGUCUGAUUUUAAGCUGGUGAUUGCUAGAACCAUACAAAUUCAGUAUUUAUGUAUUGUUUUCGGAAUUUUAUUAUUCUGUAUGUAAAAUAACGCAAGGUCUAAACAAAAAAAUUGUUUCAUGAUCUUGGCACCACAUCCUCAAAGACCUGCCACCAAAAAGUCUGAAGUAUUUCACAAUUCCACAUGUGCAGUAGCAACCGCAUCCCCCAUGUUCUUGUCAGCACAGAGUUGAGACUCCCUUAAUCAUAAAGCACCACCUUAAAAGUAGUUUAAUUGUGGUUUCUUGUAUUUUAGCUAAGUUUGUUUGGGGGGGGGUGUUGUUGUCUAUAUUCUGUCCCACUGCUCAUCCUCGAUUAGUGUUUCCAAGUCACCUUUCCACAUGCUCUGAAAUCUUACAGUUCAUUUAAUACCUUGUACAAUUCAGAAGUCAUGCUUUUGCAAUACAAACUUGUUGCCACCCAAUGAUGCUCAACCAAGGUGAGAGAGCGAAGACCCAUGUCCCUUCUGGUUAGAGAACUAGACUGAACCACCCUGUGAUCUUCAGAUGAUUGGUGGAUACAAAUUUUAAUUAUAAAGCAAUUAGUUGUGCUAUUUGAAACCAGCUAUGUUUCACUCUUGUAAUUUAUCUUGCAAAGAAUGCUGUGUCAUCAGGUAGCCCCUAAUAAUUCUAUAUUUUACUUUGAUUAUCCCUUUAACUCCCCCUCACUUCAAUUUAUCAUAUUUGUCUGGGCAGCAAAACGUCAAGUAGUCCAAUAUUGGAAUAAUGGUAGGCUGUAUUUGAGCUAAAAAGGAGUUCCAGCAUUUCCAGACCUGCAAAGAUGUCCAUAAAAAGGGAUUGCUAAUCUUAUGUAUUAUUGCUCAUGAUGGGUUGAAAAGCAGAAAAGAUGAUACAGUAGGUAUUGAAAGAUACAUCUCAAGUUGCACCUAUUGUAUUCCCUGGGAUCCCCAUAUAAUAUGAGUAAGAUGCUUCAGCAGGAAGGUAUCAUAAUACAGCUUUAGAUUAGGCAUUCCCAGAACCCCUGUCACCUGGUCUGUACAAUGUGGCAUUACUCAAGCUGCUCCUCUUGUCUCUUGUUGUGAAGCUAUUCAAAAGCCACUGCUACUUUGAGAAUCAAUUAUUUGGAAUAGUGACAGGGAGGGUCUGGAAAAAGAAGUACUGUAGUGCUUUGGCAGUAUAGCCAUUUUAAUGCCUGCUGUCCUCCCAAACCAUGACAAGUUUGGGUUAUCCCAGUUUUUCAUCUCCCUUCUAAUCUGCCCAUACAAUUUCCCACUAAUAUGUUUCUCAACUGGGCAUUGUUACCCCGAAGUACCUAAACCCACUAAAAUCAGCAGCAGCAGCAUUUUAUUUGUAUGCCACCUUUCCAUAGUUAAAACAAUGCUCAAGGCAGCUUACAACAUGGCAAGAUUUACAUAAUUACCAAUGUAACAAAAGUCAUAAGCAAUAAAUAAAACACAUCAAAAGUACACAACCAAAUGGAAAACAAUUUCCACAUAAAUCAUAAAAUCUAAAACUAGGAAUACAGUGCUACCUCGGGUUAAGAAUUUAAUUCGUUCUGAAGGUCCAUUCUUAACCUGAGGUACCACUUUAGCUAAUGGGGCCUCCCGCUGCCGCUGCACGAUUUCUGUUCCCACCCUGAAGCAAAGUUCUUAACCCGAGGUACUAUUUCUGGGUUAGCGGAGUCUGUAACCUGAAGCAUCUGUAACCCGAGGUACCACUGUACAGCAUUAAUAUCAAUUACAAUUUAAGAUGAUAUAGAUAAAAAAUAAAAGCAAUUUAAAAAACAAAAACGGAGCCCUCUCUGCCCAGAUGGAAGGAGGCAGGCAAGGCCCUUCAGGCCCUCAGCAGCAGGUGAGUCCUGCAAAGUGAAGCCUGAGGACUGUUCUUCUCUGCUUCUGACAUAUUUAGUUGUAUUAUAUACACUUGGAGUAGUUUAUUUGCAGUCUGGCUACCCCACCGAAAAGUUGUAGUUCUAUCUUUAGGGCAGGAGUGGGGGACCUUUGACUUUCUAGAUGUUGCUGAGCUGCAGCUCCCAUCAGCUCUAGCAAGCACAGCCAAUGGAUCCCCCACCUCCAUUUUUAAAAUGUCUACCUUUGCCUGAUUGUCCAGGUUCAUAGUCAUAGCUUCAUUUGCAGUAUUAUGUAACUCCACAAUUUGCAAGAAGAGAUCCUAUAACUUAGCCUUGAUUGACUUGAGCAGCUAAUGUCCAUCUAACCUUUGCAGUGAAUUCAUCGGUUUCACCCUUGUCCUUGGCCACAUUUGUCAGUUUCACACCCCUUGUUGUUUUGCUGUUGCCAUGCACCAUGCUAGUUAUGGCCUCCGUGUUUGACAGCUCAGACAUGCUCUCAUCAGUUACCUCUUCCCUGCUCAAUUUGGCCAUCUUUGCUUUCCUCCCAAGGGUUCCCCACUGCAUAACAGAUUUGCUGUUGUCUAGUUCUCAAUACAGCCAUUGCCUGAAGCAAUAUAAGCUCAGUGGCGGUGGGAGACUUGAUGCUAAGCCACCAUUAAACUCAAAAGUGAGCCACGCCUCCCCCAAUUCUGUACUGUUCAAGUGGACUGCAGUUUCUUUUUCUAUGGUCGAAAGAGAACCGUUCAGGAAUCUGUGGUUGUAUUAUAAAAGCCGGUAAGUGAACCAGCCAUCUAAUUUAUUAUUUUAGAAGCUGAUGCGUAUUUGAAUUAUUAACACUUGACAUGUUUUAGAUCUUAAGACAGUAUCUACGCCUUCAAAAACUCUAGGAGUUAAAAUGGUAACUAAUUAGUGAUUACUUGGUUAUUUUGGCCACUGUUUUAGCUGUUUUGUUUCUGUUAUACAGUGCACCUAGGCAGUUUUCCAAAAGCUUCUCUGGGAAACCUGGAACGCUGUGCGAUAGCAUUUUCCCAGAGCAAUUACUCAUUUCAGCUUACAAAGGAUUCUGGGUUUGGUGGUGAAGAGUGAGGUUGGCCAAUGCUUUCAUAUGACUUCACUUUGCAGAGAUCCAGGCGGAAGAUGACACGGCAGAAUCCUGAGGCAUUGCAGCGCAGUGUUACUUCCCCCAUCCUUGUGAGUGCCUCCAUUCCAGAAAGUAGAAGUAGAACUGGUCUAGAAAUGCUGAGUUGCACUAGAUACUGUAAAGCAAAUUAAUGAAUGAGGAGCCACAUUCCUAAAGUCCUUUCCAGCUAACUUAAUUUUGCCUGUGUGCUCUGCGGUCUGAUGAGUUGACAUCUACUCUUAAUUGUCCAGGCACUGCUGAAUUAUUUAACUGUGACCAAUUUAUAGGUAAUGUGUUCUUGAUCAUAGCCCGAUUUUAAAGGUAAGGUGUAUUUGUCAUCUUUCAGGUCCAGUGCAGUCUUUCAGAGACUCCUGUGGACUCUUGUCUUCAUUUAUACUAUGAAAUAGAUGUUUUCAUAAUAAUAUUGUAUCUUUUUUUUUGUCUGUAUCUGGUGUGGUUGUCCAUGCAGAUGAAGGAAGCAUAUCUGCAAGGGGAUAAAGACUGCUCCAUUUUAGCAUGUUGUGUGGUUUUACUAACACAUUGCUUUUAAAAUCUUGGAAAAGUAUGAUUUUAGCCUUUUAAAACUUUUUUUGUCUUUCGUUUAGGUUUUGUGAAGAACAUGCUCUGUAUUUUAUAUAGACUUUUUUAAAAAAAAUGUGCUUAGAAGAUGUGAAUUUAUGGCAUUGGAGUUUUGGCUAGCCAUUGAACGUGAGGGAAAAUAUAUUAAAAUAUGGUUUUCAUCAUUUUGGAUAUUUAUUUCUGGCAAAAAGGGAUGUUGAGGGUGUGACUUUUCCCAUCCAUUGAACUUUAGCCAUUGUUCUGUACAUCUGUUCACUCUACCUGAAACAGCGCAUGUUGAGAAUACUUCAGUUCUUGUUGAAAACAAAACCCAAAUAGUAAAUGCUGUAAUUUUCUAAACUAAUGUUUUUAAUCCACUGAUGGCCUUUGUUUAUCUUGUACCUGGACAGUCAGCAUAUUCUGUCAAGCUAUAUUAAGAUAAGCAUGUAUGAAGGAAUGUUAGCAUAAAUAGAAAUUUCAGAAGUUUGUUUUGGACAGGUCAAACUAUACUACUAGCUUUAAAUGUAAGCUUGAUUGUUUGUUAAAUGCACUCCCAGCUCCCUUUUUUCAGUGGUUCAGUUACGUAAUUUUGCACUCUGGAAUAAAUGGUCUUAGCUUCUUUGGAUGGUAAGGUGUGGUGUAUUACUUCAAAAUGUGGCAUGCCAACACUGCUUCACUGAGUGUGAACUGGGUCCCCUGCCCCAAAGUCCUAUCCUGAUGGUAUCAUUACCCUUUUUGAAAAUAAUUUUGAAUAUAACUUGCAAAUUUGAAAUUUGUAAUGCAAAUGCUUAUUGUCUUAAUCUUCCACUGACCUAGUUUGCAUGUACGCUAAGCCAAACCAUGUCUUAGUGCAAGCAGAUGGAUGGGAUAUAAAUUUAAUAAAUAGAUACUAAACAAUGGCUGGGUGCCACUUAACCAGCAGUAGAAGUUCUCCACACAGCAUAGAAACUUUCACUAUUCUGUUGUCACCAGAGGCCAACUGACAGCAGCAUUGUUCGUGAUAUGAAGAGCAGAGCAUUAGUGUUCAGUGGAAAUUAUUGUGCAUAACUUCUAUUUUUAUUAGUAAAGUUGAAGUGUGUCUUCAAACAGGUUUUUCAGGUCUUAUGUGUGCAUAUUUACCUGAGUUUGCUUUUGAUUGGCUUAUAGAGCAGGAGUCACCACUCUUUUUGGACCAGUGGGCACAUCUCAAAUUUUGAGAGUGUGCUGUGGGCGCCACUCACAAAAUGGCUGCCACGGGGUUUGGCAUGAUACAAAAUUGGUGAGUGUAUAAUCAUUGAUGCUUCUCCAUAGCUAUAUCCCGCUGUGCCUGAUUGCAAAGAUACACCUGUUUAAGACCUUGGUUUCCCCAUUCCCGCUCCUAAACCAGAGCCUAGGCUGCCACUCAAUAACCCAAGAAUAAGCCCAAUUAAACUCAAAGGGACUCAUUUAUGAGGUUGGCAUACAUACCAUUACCUCUUUAGGUCAUUUGAGCAAGGGAAGCUUUUCAUGGACUGGAAAUUAAAAGCUUCCCUUGCUGAAAGGACCUAAAGAGGUGAUACACUGAUGUAAAGGGUAGCAUAUACUUUAAGGAAAAUGUAGUAUGUGGGUGCUCUGGAACAUAGACUUUACAAGGUUGUGGGUAUUUUGACAGCUCCUGCUCUCCCUAAGUUCUAAGGUAUGCCUGGUAAUGGCCCUUUCAAUGACUUGGGUGGAAGAAGAACCCUGUCUUCUGGUACUUCCUUGGGAGAAGGCUUCCACUGUUUCGCUGUAAGAUUGCAAGAGGCAGCCGUACACUCUGUGCUGUGAAACAGAAGUAUUACAUGGGAGAAAGCAUUUGAUACUUGGAGCGUCUGCUGGAGCAUGCCAAAACUUGCUGGGCUCUCAAGAGUGGCCUGUAGUGGCUCAUCCCUCCCAGGACUUGGGAGGAAGAAAAACCCAAUAUCCAGGUCUCGCCAAUCAGCAUAUAAAAACAUCUGCUUCUCCACUAUAAAGUUGCAGGUUGCCCAAGGCUAGGACUUUGAACAAUCUAAUAAGAUAAUGAAAGAGUUGACUUAGAGUGAUGCAGUUCAAAAAGUAGAGCUAGAAAAAUGUAAGGCAAACUGGGAGAGAAAUGCAGAAUUAAAGUCUCAGGCAUAACUUAUAUUUUGAGGUGUUCUAGAACACUUUGGUAGGUUUCUUUGACCCAAUAUUAUUUGUAUAUUGAAAGCAGGGCUGCGGUAGGAAUUGAGAUAACAUUUUGAAGAGGAUCUUGCAUGUUUCAGUUCUUAGAAAGCAGCAGUUAUAGGGCAUUAAAGGGACUUUCCAAAUAGUUUUAGUUUUAAACCGCAAGCAAAGCAAAUGGACUGUGUUCCAAAUAUAUGAUAUGUGUGGGUUUGUGCUUCUGUUUGUUUUUUUGUGAUGGCUUGUUUUGUGUUUUUCUUUUCUCUUUUCUUUGUUGACAUAUGUAUAGGGACAGUGGGAGGGAAGGGCGGAGUGGAAUGUCAGUGACAUUUGGGUGGGAAGAGAAAAGAAGAAAAAGGAAAACGGAGACUAUUUGUAAGUGUAUGAAUUUUUUAAAAACUGACUAAAAGAGAGCAAAAGGGAGCAUUAUAUAAGAAAUAAUUUAUUUCCAAAAAUUGGAAGAUAUGUGAAAUUUAAUUUGAAGUCAGGAUACCAUUUUAACUUAUCAGCCAAAAUAUUAUAAAAUAGUAUGGCGCUAUAGCUAAUGCAGGAUAUGCCUCAGUUAUGAAAGCUUGGGCUCUUUCUGGAAUGAGUACUUCUCAUCUUAAAAAAAGAGGAAAAUUUUAAUUUGCUUUAGAAUGAAGAAGGUAAUGUUAUUAAUAGGAAUCUAGAAGAUGAAUACUUUCAGUUUAAUAUCACAUGAAAAUGCAUUUAUCAUAUUUUUUAUUUUUUUUUAAAUAGCUAUGGACUAUUUAAAAAUACUGCACUGGUCCAUCCUACUCACAAUUUUUUGCUCUGACUGCUAAUGGUUCUCCUGGGUUCCAGACAGGAAUCUUUCCCAGCUGUACCUGGACAUGCUAAUGAUUGAACCUAUAACUUUUUGCACCCAAAAUAUGUGUUUUACCACUGAGAUAAGACUUUCCCAUUGAGAGAGAGAGAGAGAGAAAGCAAGCAAGUUGUUGUUUAGUACUGAGUUGUCCUAUGAAAUGAAAACUUUCCCGCCAAAUCAAAUCUUUUUUUCAUAGAGUGGGUACAUCUGAUGUAUUUUAUACUACCACUAAACUGUUGGCUAAUGGACACGUAUCAAAUAGUUUGGUUAUCCAAAGGAGCUCAUAGAGAUGUCCUCCAUUACCCCUUAUCUCUUCAGUUUCCACAAAGUCCUGCCAGUAGCAAGAAAGGAUAAGAUAAAUGGGAUGGGACAUGAAUGAAACACUUGCCGUUGUGACAAACAGAACUGUGUGCCCCUGAUAGUAGCAACCAAACUACUCUGCAUGCAAUAAUUCUAUAUUAUAAACAAAUUUAUUGGGGGGUGGAAAUGAUGCAUAAUUGGGUUGUAUUCUGUGAACUAUAUUCUGUGGUUAAAUUUGUUCUGAACAGGACCCUUCCUUGAGGGAAGACAUAGGAGACGCUUGCAGUCUUUUUCAAACUUAAGUCUGUUUGUUGGACUACACUUCCCAUCAUCCACUGACCACUGGUCCUGCUAGUUAGGGAUGAUGGGAGUUGUAGUUCAAGUUUGAGAAAUACUGUUGGAGGAAAUGGGUGGAAAGUAUAUGCUGAGAAUCUAACUGGAUAUUUCGAAUAACAUUCUCCUUAAGAACCCAUUCAUUAUUAUCCAUUUUUUAUCAUUUAGAAAGCUUUCUUAUUAAAUUAUUUUUUUGUUUUUUUGCAGUUUUUUAUGUAGCCAUCUGCAAGAAGCAUCUUCUCUACUCAAGCAAAUUCUGUUUGGUAGCCAUUUUCAGGUUGUUUUCUUAGUAUGAUAAGAAAGUAACAGGAAAAAGCUUUGCUUUCUUCAGUUGACUGUUGUUCCUUUCAGUUAGUAGUAGUGGUGAUAAAACCAAUUGUUGGGCAUUUAAACAAACUGGACAGUCAAAUUGCAAAAGCACUCCCCCCUACCCACAGCUUGCCCUUUAAUUUGGAGCAUAAACAUUGGAAAGUUGAGUGUGGUAAUUUAAUUUUGAAGGAGAGCUGCUAUAAGCGAGCAUCAGUCCAAGUUAAUGGGAGCCAUAUGGUUGAUUCCCCCUGCCUCCAUGCUCCGUAAGAGUUGUGGUAUUCAGAAGAAAUAAGCUACCCAACUUUUUAUUAAGAAGAAAAAUGGACUUUAAAAUUGAUCUGAAAUAACGUAGAAGAUAAGUGUUAGCAAAUAUUAUUUUUAAGAGUAUGAUAAAACAUGGCAAAUUAGUACCUCUGAAGGUGAGAUGAAGAGGAGCUGUCACUGGUUCUCUGUAAGCUCUACAAAAAUAUUUGAGAUGAGGAACCACAAAAUGUCUCAUAGACAUCUGUAGAGUGCCUAUUGUAUUAACUCUGUCAGCAGUGAAAAUAAAUGAGAAUUCCCCUGUCAUGAUAAACAAGAACUAAAAAUUAUUUUAAGAAUUAAAAAGGAGUGGCUUAUGUUACGCUUUUAAAAGGCAGUCAGCCCAUGCAAAUAUUUAUUCAUUAUUUAGUUUGACUUUAUAAUAAGUUGUGUAGAGUCGUAACAUUUAGUAGAGUUUUCAGGUAUGCAGAAGCAUUCAGAAGCAAUUUGUUUAGUAAUAGUAAGUGAUUUAAAUAGAAAAUAAUAGCUGCAUCCUAAGUCAAACCACUGAAUGCAGUGGCCAGAAUCCAGUGCAGUGGUGUGUUGGUGGCUGUUUUGUGUAUUUAACAUGCCCAAGACCCUGUGUUGUGUUGCUGCAACUAUUUAACACAAAAUCUAGUAGAGUUAGACACCUUUAAGUGCCCUGAAAUCAUCGGGCUUAAGUGCAUUUAGAGCAGUAUUUGAUUUUGUCCCAUGCACUUAUAAUCAUAAGCACAGCUUCAGUCCAGCAGAGAGCAUGUAGACCCGCUGGGCCUCCACAUGGGAGUCUGUGUUGAAGGUGAAAUUCUUGAUAACCAGAUGUUUGUUCAGAAAGCGACAAUAAGAGAGGCUGAGUCCAUACCCCUGCUCUCCAACUAAAACAGCUGAUGGGAGGGUUUCAUUUUUUAAAAUGGGUUCCACAUGUGCAAUUUCAGGCAGGGGAAUUGCAUACACUUCACUGCAUGUGACUUCUCCUUCAGCUAGAGAUAUGGAAGUGUAGACAAAUGAAACAAAGAUAAUCAUUUGCAUGAAUCUAAAAUCCUUUCUCAUAAGAACCGACUUUAAUAUUGCUUUUAAGUAAACAAGAAAGCACCUUGCACUUACAAUCAAUGCAAUACCGUGUGUAAAACAAAUUCUCUUAUUAGCCUUUGUAUUUUUGUAAAUUUGAAGCCCCUCAUUACUUGAAAGAUGUACUCAUGGUUUACCAUCCCCCCCCAUUCCUCCCCACCCCUCCUCAUCUCAAAUUAAAUUGUCGCCUUUAUGAAUCCCUGCCAGUGAUGCUGAUGCAAAUUCACCACCUCAAUGGGAAUUAGGUUUGAAAUAGUAGGUAAAGUGCAGACUUUGAAACGUCAUGCAUAUGGGAUUUGUGUCCUUUAUAAUCACUUAUCACAGGGAACGGUUCCAUAUUUUUUCAAUGCGGUAUUUAUAUUGCUCUUUAAAAAAUUGACUGAUUUUACACAGAUUUUUAAAGAAGAUGACGAAGGGGUAAAAAUUGGGGAAACGACCUAAUAAGGUCAAAUACAGAUGCCAAAAACUUCCAUCAGAUUUCUCUGUCAGCUUCUUCAUUCUUGACUGACAGUCCUCUCAAUACUUGUGGUUUCAUUCUACUAAAAUGAGUAGUUAAUGUUAGCCCUCUGCUAGAGUUUUUUUUAUAGAAUUGUCGAGCAAUCUGCUUAAAGAUAGAGAGCAGGGGUUUUUUUUAUAUAGAAAAAUGGAGGCUGCCUGUUCCUAAAGAUUUUUUUUGUAGCCUUUCAUGUCACCAUACUCCUGAAGACUUGUACAUUUUAACCCCCUCACCACCACCCCUAUUAAACCAGACUUUUGGGAUUGAUAUGUUUUAAUAAUGUCAAUUCUGUUGUGAAAAUAGUCUAGGGUUGUUGUUGUUUUAAUGUUCUCUAUUCUUCUAUUGUCCAGGUUUUAUUCCAAAACUACGUUGGAAACAUCUGUGUCUAUAUAGUCAGCUUGCUUUGAGGAUACUUAAGCAAAAUAUUUUCUCUCUGCAGGUGAUGUAUCGCCCAUCAGUAUGUCUCCCAUCAGUCAAUCACAGUUUAUCCCACUUGGGGAAAUCCUUUGCUUGGCCAUUUCUGCAAUGAACUCAGCACGAAAACAAGUCACGCAAGAAGCGCUAAUGGAACACCUAACAACCUGUUUCCCAGGUAAAAUACAUGCUAAUGUAUCUGUGCUCACAUUGACCCAGAUUUUCUUUUCCUUAUUUUUAAACAAAGCAUUUCAAAAGACCUGUAAAAGUUUUACAAGCUUGCUGUUUUGAAAUGAUGUAUAUUCAGGUUAUUUCACUUGCUUUUCUUUUUAUAUUGAAUCAGGGCUUGUCUGUCACCUCAUUCUCAAUUAUAUGUGCAUGGAAAGGAUUUUCUUUCUAAAUAGAUGUGAGUGUGGAUUUUAUAGUAUGUUUCAAAUACUUCCUUCAUCUUCUCUAAAAAGAGUUCAAAAUAUUAGAGAAUUAAAAAUGCUGGGGGGUUUUGGGUUUUGUUUUUUUUAGGGGUGGGUGUUGGGAACUUGACAUGCAGCCUGAUCCUGUUUUUGCAGACAUAAAUUCUACUUAGUUCAGUGGGGUUUACUCUGAAGUAACUUUGCAUAGGAUUGUAGCUGCAUUCUGUAGCAGAGUUCUUUUAUUGCUCUUCACGUGUGGCUUUAUUUAUAAGGUGAGUUGCCAGUGUUCUCAGAAGACUGUGAAAUUAAUGAUCCAUGUUGGAGGUGGAAAGGCGGUGGAGAGGGCACAUAAAGUUCACGUUACUUUCUAGCAUAGUAUAUCUCAAUGUUUUCUGCAUGACAACUUGGUGUGCUACAGUAAGGGCCAAAAGAAUGAAAUACCAAAGAAAGGAACACUUCCACUAGACAGUUGAGAUUAAAAAUAUUUCAGAUGGCUAAUUUGGAUUUAUACACAUCAGUACAGUACUUUGCUUAUCAGCUGAAAAUAUACUCCAGAAGAGAUUUCUCAACCCAUUAGCAUAUUCUGUAGGCUGCACUUGCAAUGGACUUUAAGACAAAUUAACAACAGUCCCUUAUGCUACAAUCCUACACGCAUUUACCUGGGAGAAAGCCCAGUUGAACUCAGCAUGACUUGCUUCUGAGCAGACAUCAUCAUUAUUAUUAUCAUCAUCAUUAUUAUUAAAGAUUCCUUUUGGGGAUUAACCCUCCUGAGGUAAUGCCAAAGGAUCUCACUUUUCUUUCUUUCUUUCUUUCUUUCUUUCUUUCUUUCUUUCUUUCUUUCUUUUAUGGAUAUUUUGAAAAGAAUCCAGUGAUCUGCAAAUACACAUCUUUAUUAGUAUGACUUACUAGUAUCAUCUAGUGAGAACCAAGAGUGGAAAAUUAGCUGUUUUGUUCUAUCAAGUAGAAUAUUCAUGGGAUCUCACUUUUUCAAUCAAAAUUUGGGUAUUUAUACUGAACUUGAUUUUACAAAGAAAGUGUUUGCGAAAGUUUUACUCUCCUGAAAGGGAAAUUAAAUUUGUCCAAUUUUCUCUUGCCUUAUAAUAUUAUUGGAGGGGUGUGUUCUCCACUUUUGUGGAAUGAUUUGAUUUCCAAAACAUUGAUUUCUUUAGUAUUUUCCUAUAAAGCAUAAUCCUCUGUGAACACUAACUGCUCAUUUAAAUUCUCUGUCUGUCCUUGAGUUCAUGUUUGCUUUUCAAAUCUUCUUCCUCCCCCCCCCCCAUCUUAUUCUUUUCCAUAUUUAAUAGUUGAGCUUCCACAACUAGGUGGGCAGAGCUUGCUGAUACAGCUUUUUAAGAGCAGAUCUGGACAUAGUCAGAAAUGCAAUAGUGCUUCUAAUUCUUUUAUUCUCUGAUCUCACCCACACAAAAGUCUAUGAAUAGAGAUCUUAUAGAAUAGGUGGAAUAACCGGGAGUGCCAAUUCAUGCAGGUUGCAAACCACCUACUUAACCCAACUAAUAAAUAAUUUCUUCCAACUGUUGGCUCUUUCCUUGGUUUUUGUUCCUAGCACAUGGGAGCUCAUGCACAGCUGCCAGCUUGUCUGUAUGUAUAUAAAAGUUAAAAGUAUGCUCAUUUUGUAAUCCACAAACCUCUCCAAUGACUAAAUUUCUCUACUCCGUUUCAAGUAAGACAAUUUCAGCAUGUGAUAUUUAAGUUAAUAUAUCAUCAACAUGAAAAGCAAUCCCAUGGAUUACCGCUUCCAGUUCAGCAAGAGGAUACAGAUCUAAAAAUAAAAUAAAAAGAGCAAGAAAAUAUAUAUCUGUAGGAUUUGUACCAGCUAGAGCUAGACAAUGUAGUUUCAUGCCAACAGCUGACAGAAUGAACACACGUAAGAGAUUUGGGUUGGACAUUUUCUAAAAAUCUGAAUUUUGUAGGAUUGACAGAAGAUGCCAAAUUCUUUUGAAGACAUGGACCAGUCAGUAUUACCUAAGUUGGCAAAAAGACAGGGCUUGUAAAAAGCCAAUCAAGGAAAGUUAUGUUAAUAAGAAAUUUCCAUCAUGCUGAUACAAACUAAGUUGGGCAACUAAUUUCUGCCUAGUAAGAAAUGGAGAAAACCCUGGGGACAGGCAGACCAUGUCCAAACACUUCUCAGAAUGGCUUGUUAUAAGAAAAAUGUGUUUCUGGCCCUCCCUGCAAAUAUAGCAAGAGUAAGAAAAAUAGCAAUAAUGUUAACAGAGAUAAUAUUAAAGAAUAAUACUUUGGAAUCAAUUAAAAUGAUGCUGUACGAUCAGAAUAGAUCAAGCAAACAUAUCAUUCCAUAGUGUCCUGUGAGACGCUGUGGACAGAUGGUUUUUGUGGCUACUGGACCCUUUAUUCUUAGAACUGUUUCAUAUUAUAGGCCUUUUGUGGUGGUUACAUAAACAUUUUCAUACCACUGCUGUUUUGUUUCCAUCACAGAUUGCAGAUGUUAUUACUGGUGAUAACUGAGUCCUUUCAUAUUAUUUUUAUUUUUGUUGUGUUUCUCUCCCCCCCCCCCCCCUUUAUGUAAACCACCCACAGAAUAUUUACUGAAGGAUGGUAUUCAAAAUACUUGAAAGUAAGAAUAGAUCACCCCUAUAGUCAUCAGAAUUGCUAAUAACUGCUCUGGCAUUUGCUUGUGAAAACCGGUACCAACCCACAGCCCAUCUGGUUCAAAAACUGGCUGCCCAUCUAAAGCUGCACUUAUCAAACUGCUUCUGCUACUUUGCUGCUUUUUACACAACUCUUUAAGGUUGAGUAAUUUCAAAGCCACAGCCUUAGAAGAAAAAUGUGCUUCCUCAAUGCAGGUUUUUACAUUGCAACAUAGCCACCUAGUUUGCUGAGCAACAGAGCAGGUACAAAUCUGGGUCAUGGCUAUAUCAGAAAUAAGGUAUACUAAUUAUUUAUAACCUCACAUUGCAAGCACUGUACAUCUUAAACUAGUAUAUCAUGAGCAAAGGAUGGGUUCUUUCUACCCCUUGUUAAGCCACAGUGACAGUUCGGGGGGAGGGGGGAUCAUUUUAGAAGUUUUAGUACAGUAUUUGGAAUUUGCUUUUCAUAAAUCUGUAUUCAUAGUGAAUAAACACCAAUUCCAGUAGAACAUGCCUCCUUUAUUGUUAUACCUUAGGGUUAGCUUUAUUUAAAAGGAAGGGAGAGGGAACAUGCUACUACUUCAUUAACUAAAGCAUUUAAGUGGUUGUUAUUAUUAUUAUUAGGGAUGCAGGUGGUGCUGUGGGUUAAACCACAGAGGCUAGGGCUUGCCAAUCGGAAGGUCGGCGGUUCGAAUCCCUACAACGGGGUGAGCUCCCGUUGCUCUGUCCCUGCUCCUGCCAACCUAGCAGUUCGAAAGCACAUCAAGUGCAAGUAGAUAAAUAAGUACCACUCCAGCGGGAAGGUAAACGCCGUUUCCGUGCGCUGCUCUGGUUUGCCAGAAGCGGCUUAGUCAUGCUGGCCACAGGACCCGGAAGCUGUACGCCGGCUCCCUCAGCCAAUACAGCGAGAUGAGUGCCGCAACCCCAGAGUUGGUCACGACUGGACCUAAUGAUCAGGGGUCCCUUUACCUUUACUUUAUUAUUAUUAUUAUUAUUAUUACACAGUACUGUCUAUUUACUAAAAGAUAAGAUUAUGAGCCUAUGGGCAUGCACCAUCUAACAGACAUGAUACAAAAGGAAAACAAGAUGGGAAGGCAAGAAAGCACUUGAGUAUUCUGCAUCUUCACCGGCCAGUGGAUGGGGCCAAGCUGAUCUCUUCCUUGCUGUGAUGUUCUUCCUAUGAAGCAAGGCAUGCAGCCUCCCAGUAACCUUAGGAGAACAUCCCUUCAGCUCAAUGCUCCCAGCUGGAGCAGAGUGUUCUUCCGUGCAGGAAGUGAAGAAGCAAUGACGCUGCAACUGUUCCUUUUCUGGCUGUUGGAUAGGGCCAGUUUGGCCUCCACUUGUCAUGCUUAUCCUCAUAUAUAGAGGAGAGAGAGAUUCCACAAAUCUCUUGGCAGAGCUUGACUAUAAUGAUGAACAUAAAACAAUUCUUCCUAAUAGGCAAACACGGUGAAUGCCUAUUAUCUUAUUAAAAGAAAUCGUUUUAUGUAAAGUUAUGUUCAAUAUUUGUUGGAAGGGAGAUUGAAUAAUGCUUCCUGAGCCCAAGCUAGGGAAGGCAAAUGGAAUAGGUGCCAGUCAUUAGAAUGCAGCAACAAAAGGGAAGACGUUUUGGCCGUUUUCACUGUCAAGGUAGCUACAAAAUUAGCAUAAUGUAUGGGACUAUCUAGGCACAGUAAACUGAAAUGCAAUAUAACUAUUAAUGCUGCUGUUACCUUGAGAAGUGAGGAAGUCAUUUUCUGACAGCUGCCAUGCUUCAUUGUGGCCUCUUUCUAAAACUAGGAUUCCUAUACAUUUCCUUUCUAAAUUGCAUCCAAUUUACACACAGCAGCUUGAAAUGUGUCUUACAUUUGACUGGGUUCACCUUAGGUCAGCCUUCUUUUGUGGCCAGCAAACAAGACAUAAUCUUCUGUCUGGAAGCUCAGUGGAGGGCACAGCACACUUUCUUGAGAUGUGGAAAAUGUACAUGUCUGAUGAUUCAGUGUCCAGACAGAUUUUGCUUUUGAAUUAUUAAAGCACUACAUAAUCUUAAAUAACACUGCUGCUGUCAAGCAGUAUUUUAAAUUCUGGUUUCACUGUGUUUUAUUUAUUUUUUAUCAUUGAAAGAAUUUACUGGUAAAGUGUAGGAAUGAGGUAGCUUUUGAAGAUGAACUAGACAUACAAAUAUAUUUUAAUAGAAGUUUAUCUAAUCUGAUUGCUAGUCAUGGUAGUAACAUGAAUUUUGUGUGAUCUUUGGGGUGCAUUUAACCUAUAAAGUUUUCUCUAACUUUAAAAUGGGUAUAAUAUAAGGCAAUGGUUAUAGGGUUCAUUUGAAUUAAUUAUUUUGCCAGUAUUGAAGAGAUAUACCUCUAAAAUAGGGGUUUUGAUUAAUUGUAACCCUCAGAUUCCCAGCUUCUUCUUUUUUAAGGAGCACGUUUCUAACAUUUUUAGAGCGUGAGAUGUGAGGCAGAAUGUACAGGCAGCUUCUCAUUUUGUGCGAGAAAUUAGCCUGCUCCUGACUGUCAGUAUUUUACUUUGAACCCACCCACCUGUGGGGGCAGGAAUGGGGUAGCCCUGGAAAUUCCCCUCCUACCAAAAAAUCAUUUGGAUACUGUCAGGGAACUGACAUCGGAGCUAGAGGCGGAGGGAAGGCUCUCAAAUGAUGCUGGAGAAGGGCCCAGCAGGGAGAGAGGCAGCUCAGCAGAUGGGGAAGCAAAUCAGCGCAACACCAGGGAUAAAGGGGGGCAGAUGGGGGAAUCGGCGAGAGGGCUCCAGGACUCUUCACCGGACACCAGCGGGGAGAGCACGGGUCCUCCGCUACCCACGCCCUCCCUGCGCAGAAGGCUUCCGCGCAGGGAGAGUAGGAGGAGACUUGGCGUCAAACAACUUUUAUGUUGGAAAAGGUUUAAGAAACACCCACUGAUGGAUUCUGCUAGCGACUGAGGCAGCCACGAAGUGAAGGGCUGUCCAGACAGAAAGGUUUAACCAGGCAACAUAGCCAGGAGAGGCGGCAACUUACGCAAGAGCAACCCAUACUCAUUACAGAUACCUAUACAUGUGAGGGAGAAGAGGAGAGAGACAGAGAGAGAAGUGUAUGAGUUCUCUGUGCGGGACAGACAGACCUAUGCAUAUACAGUAUGUGUGGUCAGUGAAAGGGAGAGGUGUUAUUAUUAAAGGUAGGUAGGUAGGUAUGAAUAUGUGGUCUGCAUUUAUGUGUGGUUUGUGGGAGACACUGAGAUAUGUUUAUGUGUGGUGUGUGUGUGUGUGAGAGAGAGAGAGGGGGGGCACGUAUGUCUGUGGGUGAGUAAGAGAACUAAUGUUGUCGCUGCCUUGUAUAUUUUUCCUGAAGUGGUGGGGGAGAAAACAAUUUUGUGGGAUCUCCACAAUCGGUACCAACAGGACAUAGCUGACUUCCCAUGGUAAGCCUGAGGUUUUUGGGGUGGGAGGAGGAAUCAGCAAUGACUGUGCUCUCUUUAAUGUUUCGUUACCCUAGGCCCCUUAUGGCUGCUGUUUUGUGACCGCUGCCUGCAGCUCUUUCUCAAAAGGUUUGCAACGCCUCCUUUAAAACACAGUGGAAGGUAGCACAUUGGACAAGAGGGUGCAGAGAGAGGGGGAGAAUUGGCAGGCCACUGCACUAAAAUGGAUUGUGCAUUUGUAAUAAAUUGUGAGGCUCGAUUAAAUUAUGCUACUUAAUUCUUGUUGUACUGUUAGGCCUUUUGAAGAUGUUUCUGCCGGGUACAGCAAUGUUGCUUUGAAAUGGUAUCCUAACAUAUUUGAGCCAUUAUGAUAGAGCGCAGUGGUGGUGAACGCCGGCCUAUAAGCCUCCCCCCCAUUUGACCUAAACCUUGCCUACAUGUUCACCACAUGACUUCAGGCAUGCCAAAUUCAAAAGGGAAAAUCGGGAGCAUGCCCUAAAUGCCCUCCCAGUUCUUUCUUUCCAGCCAGUGCUUAAAUCCAGCUCUUUUUAAAAUUUGUCACCUUUUCCACUCGCCCUCCAGUGACUGAAAAAGGUGACAAAUUCGAAAAAGUGCUAAGUUUAAAUUAAAUCUAGAAAGGAAUAAUGAGUAAUGCACUUAGAGUGUGCCUCCACAGCUUGAAUUUUUUCCCCAAAAGUAUGAAAGCUUUUUCUUUCUUUUUUCAAAUAACUGGAUUUCAUCUCAUGAUUGUAUGAUGACGUUAAGAUGGUGUUAAAAAUUUUCGCACAGCCUAACACAUUUUAUAGCAAAUUUUCUCACACUGUCACUUUUUCUUGUACUUUUUUCAGACAUAAGCAGGAAAGUGAUCUAAAAGCCUUCAUUAUGCAUGGGAUGGCUGCAGCACAUGCCUUAGGAUGGGUGGUGAAACAAGCUUGAUUUGUUGUUGUAAGAUUAUUUUGGAAUCUUGGUUUUGGUUGGCGUCGCCCCCCCAUUACUUUCCAAAUCAAUAGUGUAUUCUAUAUCCAUUAUGUCUUCUUUGGUAACUAAUGGUUUCUUCAUGCCUUGUAAGUUUGCUUUAAAAAGUUAACAUGUGCCUUUAAUAGCAUAGAAAUUUACUGUAUUUACUCAAAUGUAAUGCACACCUUUUUGGGCCAGCUUACGUUGCGAAAAUUAGGGUGCGCAUUAGAUUUGAUGGCGCAUUUACAUUCGCCAGCAAAAACUUUUUUGUUUUCAGGUUUUUGAAAUUAGAGGUGUGCAUUAUAUUUGAUAGCGCAUUAGAUUCGUGUAAAUACAGUAAUUUGGGUAGCAUCUUACGUUGCAGCUGCACAGUUUCUUUGGUUGCAUAUUCAGCCAUAUGGGAUGGAAAAGAACAAUCUCUUUAAGAUACUUUGCUUGUCAUCUUCAUACUGAAUAUUCACUGUGAAGCUAUUUUAUUUGUCUAGCUUUUGCAUAAAGCCUCCACGGUUUCUCUAGUCAACCUGUUGCAUUUCUGAAUUGGUCUUACAGUUAGCUUUACCUCAAGUUCAAAAUCUAAUGCCAUCUGUGUAUUGUGUGAAAAAUUUGACAUAAUUUGAUUUUCUCCUGAUAUUGAAACAACACUUUCUUUUAGAUUGAAUUCUGCACCUUCAGUUUUCUUAAGAUAAUAGUUUACGAUAUAAUCAGGGAAAUGUUGAUCGGCUUCCUUAAGGUGUAUUUCCCUACCCCUGGGCAUUUGUUACUAAUUUUCUGAUAUGAUUUCUUUAUUUAAAUACAUGUGCAGAUACAAAAAACAGCAUAUUUAUUCUUGCCUUGUUUUUGUGUUAUAUGCAAUAACUUGGCUAAUUAGGAUUUAAAUAUUUAUCAAGGUAAGUGGUGUGUGAGAGAAGAACCCACAAUGUUUAAUAAAGAUUUUUAGUUUGGGGCUUGGUGUGGAGGUGUAACUUUGAACCUUAAGGUUCGCCAACACUUUGAAAAUAAAUAAGGGGAUUUUUUCACAUUCUGCUAGUGCUUUCCCUUUUUAGUUAAUAAUUUAGAGACCUCAAGUGCAAGAGAUAGGUUAAAAGCAAACAUGCUAGAGGAUGCUUGACCAAGUUUUGCUUGCUCAGCAGAAACUAUCUUUGAGAUCAUGUCAAGGAUCUGCAUACUUUGGGAAGGGUUAAAAGGAACUCAUAAAUACAUUUUGCUCUUGUUUUCAGGUGUUCCAACGCCAAGUCCAGAAAUCCUUCGCCAUACCUUAAACAUGCUGGUACGGGAGAGGAAAAUAUACCCAACACCAGAUGGCUACUUCAUUGUGACCCCACAGACUUAUUUUAUAACACCAUCCCUUAUUAGAACUAACAGUAAAUGGUACCAUCUGGAUGAGAGGAUACCUGACAGGUCUCAGUGUACCUCUCCACAGCAAGGAACUAUAACGCCUUCCACCUCGGGCUGCGUCAGAGACCGGACAUUACCCAAAAACCACUGCGACUCCUGCCAUUGUUGUAGAGAAGACAUGCACAGCAUGCAUGCCUCCACUCUACAGAGGAAAUCGGCAAAAGACUGCAAGGACUCCUACUGCCCCCCUUCCAUGUGCCAGGUGCCACCCACUGAAAAAAGUAAAAGUACUGUAAAUUUUUCGUAUAAAACAGAGACACUUACAAAGCCUAAGGAUGGAGAAAAGCAGUCUAAGAAAUUUGGGCUAAAAUUGUUUCGACUAAGCUUCAAAAAGGACAAGACAAAACAGCUGGCCAACUUUUCUGCCCAGUUUCCUCCAGAAGAAUGGCCUUUGAGGGAUGAAGAUACCCCUACCACUAUACCUAGGGAGGUAGAGAUGGAGAUUAUUAGGCGUAUUAACCCAGAUCUAACUGUGGAAAAUGUCAUGAGGCACACUGCACUAAUGAAGAAACUUGAAGAAGAAAAAGCUCAACGAAGCAAAGCUGGAUCUUCAGCUCACCACAGUGGGAGAAGCAAAAAGAGUAGAAGUCAUAGGAAGUCUCAUGGGAAAUCUCGGUCACAUAGCAAAACUCGGGUCUCUAAAGGGGAUCCUUCAGAGGGCUCCCAUUUGGACGUUCCGGGUGAAAGAGAGUAUGAUUUCUAUGAUCCCCUCACAAGGUCCCCACGCGAAGGCUGUUUCAUAAUAGAACACAAGAGGGACAAUUUUAUUAUGCACAGCAGCCCUAACGUUCUUGAAUCUCACUUUCCUAUGACACCUGAAUGGGAUGUAUCUGGUGAACUAGCCAAAAGGAGAACUGAAAUGCCUUUUCCUGAACCUUCAAGGGGAAGCUCCCAUUCUAAGGUCCAUCGAAGCCACAGCCAUACACAGGACCGAAGAUCAAGGAAUGAGAGGUCUAAUAAAGCCAAGGAGCGGUCUCGAUCGAUGGAUAACUCCAAAGGACCUCUGGGUGCUCCUUCUUUAGGUACACCUGAAGACAUAGCUGAAGCUUGCAGUCAAGAUGACCAAACAACCAGCCAAACGUACAUUGACGAUAGCACCUUAAGGCCUUCUCAAUCACUCAGUCAUCAAAGGGCUCUUAUGUCAUCUGCAAACUACAAAGAAGUAGUUAAACCUGAAAAGACUGGUGGCAAUGCAGAAACUCCCAUUUCCUGUAGCCUCUUGGAACAAAGCAAGCCAGCCGAGAAUUUGCCCCCGUAUAAUGAGCUCAACUCCUGUACAACGAAAUCAGCAAUUGAUGAUUAUUUUCAGUGUAACACAUCUAGUGAAACUGUACUUACUGCUCCUUCACCUUUGGGGAAAAAUAAAGAAGACCACGACACAGUGAUUUUGACAGAAAGCGUUAAAAAAGUGUCUCCCUCAGAAAGGCAGUCUCAGCACAUAGCCAGAGAGCCUGGGGUGCACAAAGAGGAGUCACCUAAAGGGCCAAACAGCAGCGGUGGACCAGUUGCAACUAGCCAAACCCCCGAAGUGAUUGCAAAUGGCCGACUGGUUCAACACCACAACACGGAAUCUAGUAGCCUUGAUAAGAGGAAAGAAAUAUUUAGUAAAGACACACUUUUUAAGCCUCUCCACAGUACUCUGUCUGUGAACAGUUUCCACAAGCCUAGUGUGCCACUACUAAAACCUCAUCAAAAGACACCUUCUGAUGCAUUGCCAGGCAGAUGCGACAAACUCGAGCAAGCUAUGGUGACCUCAGUAACACAAGUCAUACCUGUUUCACAGAGACAGCAAGAAACAGCCGGGAACCAAGAGGCAUCCUUUGACUAUUACAACGUAUCGGAUGAUGACGAUUCUGACGAAGGGACCAACAAGAACGCUGAAGAAGAAAAGAACCGGGAUGAUGUGGGCACUAUGCAGUGGCUUCUUGAGCGGGAAAAAGAAAGAGACCUGCAAAGGAAGUUUGAGAAGAAUCUGACUCUCCUUGCUCCAAAGGAAACGGAAAACAGCAACAACCAGAGAGCCACACAUUCAGCAAGGCUGGACAGCAUGGACAGCAGCAGCAUCACCGUCGACAGUGGGUUCAAUUCGCCACGGUAAGAUCUUAACACUCAUUUACCAAAACCUGUAAUAUUUUAAUCUUAAAUUAUCGUGUCCUACAUACGCAUUAAGUAUUACGAGGCUGGGCUAUUAUUCGAUGAUAGCAUUUUAUAGCAGGUUUUCUCUGCUAACUUUAUCCUGGCUGGUUGGUUACUCUUCCCAAGUCAGGCAGCCACCAGACAUUUGUGAGGUUGUUUACACAACUGGGGAUAAUUGUGAUUAUUUCAGAGGAUGACUAGGUCAGUAUUAUUCUGCUAAAUAAUCAACCUUUAAGCUCACAAAGUUAUACAAACUCUUUCUGAAUGAACUCUGUCACCGUACCGUCAAGUGGUAAAGGAAGCUUUUAUCGGCUGAUAAGGAAGAGCAUGAACCCAACAGAGCCAAGCUCUGCUUAUACUUUUCCUUAAGCUUUGGCAAAAAUGGAUGUGAUACAGAUACUCAAACAUGGUGCAGCUGUGUGGUGAAAUUCUUGCCUAUAUGGAUUAUCUGCCUAGGUUUAUUCACUCAAGCAUAGAAGGGAUCCUAUAGGAUUGCAGAGUCAAGUCAUUCUUUGUUUUAUUGCAAUGAAUAGUGAACCCUACCAAUCUCUGCACACUUCUGGUAAUGAUUGCAGUAGUCUUUAUAUUAUCAGUUAUCCUGAAAUGAAGACGAAAGUAGUGAGCGACCAAUGUUGGAAGGACAACUCAUUGGGAAGAAUGCCUGUGGAGCCCACAGUUGCUUCUUCUAGCGGUGCUAGACUAGACUUGUGUCCUCUGAGGCCAGAGAGCAGGAGGAAAAGAGAGCAUGAUCUCAACAAGAUCAGGUUCCUCCCACACUGUUUCUUAAUCUAAGGCAAGAAGUUGCACAGAUAGUCAGAUCUGGUGAUCAGACUGUAGGCUGUGACAUUUUUCCUACGCGGAAAUGAUCUUCUGUCGGAAAUUUGUCAUGCAUGAAAUAGCAUUGUUAGCUUGAUCUUGGUGCUCUUUGGCUCUGGAAAGAGAGCUUGCUUUCCUCACUUGCUGUUAACUUGCUGUUCUUGCUGUUAACUCAGGGAGCCUGUGCCUAGAAGGUUCGAUUCCUGUGCCCGGAGGCUCUAAUUACGGGUUUCUCUGAGCUUCUGUAGACCUUGCUGUUGUCUUUGUUUUCUGGUCAGCUCCCACAGAGCUCUGUUGUUGUUUCUCAAAUUGGCCUAUUUUCUACUGGGUUUGUAGCUCUUGGAGACCAGACAAAGACCAGGAUGGUAUUAUUGCACGUGUUUUGUUAAAAGUAAAUUGCUUCUAUCAAACUACCUGCAUCUUAUACUGUUGCACGAGGCCUGAGGAAAAGAAGCAAAGCUUUCUGUGUGGUGAUGGCUGCCUUUUCCAGGGUGUGUGUGGAGGUGCAAUUUUAUUUGACUAUUUCAACCAAGGCUUUUAAAAAAAAAUGUCAGUUUUAUGGACAUGCUAUUCAUAUCAUUAUGAAUGUAAAAGGCAGGCUUUUGUUUCUAUCCUGCAGGUUCUGUAAUCUAAUCUCUCUGCCUGUGUAGCUCAGACAUUUGCCUUGCAGGCAGAAAAUCUUAGGUUCAGUAUUUGGCAUCUCCAGGUUGAGCUGGGAGCAUCUCCUGUCUGAAACCCUGGAUAGCCACUGCCAGUCAGUGUCAGCAAAACUGCCACAGAUGAUUCAGUAUUCCAACUCAAUACCAGGCAGCUUCCUGUAUCGCUUCUCUCAUAGACAGAACCUUUUCUACCCCUUCUUUUUAUUUUCUUUAUUCUUCACUGGCUCAGGGAAGAAUUUAGUGAGUGUUUUCCAAAUCUCCAUGCUUUACUACCCUGCAAAAUGCCACUCAAGAGGAUUUUCAAAGUAACGGUUGGGGUGGAUUUCUUUGAACUUUCCCUCUGUAUGUGUGGGACAAGGGUUUUAGUCUGUUAAUGACUAAGGUUCUCUUCAGAUUAUUUUCCGUAGAUUAGACAGAGUGCAUUCCUUGCUCUUAAAUAUAAUCCAUAAUUUACUGUAACAACAAAGUCAGCAAACUAUGGUUAGUAAUUGCCCUCGAAAUCAGAAUCGGACACAAUGGCUUGAGGUAGAUUUCUGAUGGUGGAUUGGAGAACAGGCCUAUCUUGCCAGUUCACAAGUCACACAGCAAAGCAAAUUAGGAUUCAUGCCAAGCAGGUAACGGAAAGAGAAGCCUCAGAGGAAACAAACCAGGAUUUGGAGAAACACCUGAAUUGAGCCAGUUCAGAUUAAUACCUCUGGAAGAACUACGUAUAUGAACGUGGAUUUAAAUUUCUUCUGCAGUUUCCUACAUUUCCCUCCAUAUAGCACUGUAGUCAACUAUCCAUUUGUAUAGUUUCAUACACAUUUUAUGAGCAAUUAGCAAAAGUUACAAUCUAAUUUUGGUGCAGACGAAAACCAGAAAAUACAGUGGUACCUCGGUUUUCGAGCACCUUGGAAGCUGAACAUUUUGAUUUUUGAACACCGAAAACCUGGAAGUAAUUGCUUCCCUUUUCGAAUGCACUUCGUAUGUCAAAUGGCUUCCACUGCGUUCCCCGCCCCCCCAGUUUUCUCCAUUGACUUGGCAGCCAGCCCUUUGUGCCUAGUUGUCGAACAUAUCGGAAGUCGAACAGUCUUCCAGAACGGAUUACGUUCAACAACCGAGGUACCACUGUAUUUACACUACUGGUGCAUAUAUAUCUUAACAUUUUUUAUCUGUUACUUAAGCAGUUUCUUCAUAUAAAAAGCUAUAUUGCAUUCACUCAAAAGUAAACAUAAUUUGUUCCUAUUUUGAAAGAAUGGACAGUUGGCCUAGGACCUGAACCCAUCUGUCCAUCUAGAACAUCUAGGCUAAUAUUGUCAAGGAACUGGGAUGGAAGGGAGGAAUAAGCAUGUUUUCUCUACUUCCUUCCAAUCUUCCAGGUUGCUACCACAUGGUUUUUUAGAUUUUUAUAUUGCUGAAGCUCCCUUUCAGUGAGUGAUUCUUACAUUGGCUGCCAUACUCCUAGAAUGGAAGGUAAUAUAAGAAGGUAAUUCACAGGAAACAACCUAGCUGGGUGUUACAGCCUUUUGUGACCCUUAUAACAUGCUAUAUGUUUUAACUUUGAGAGAAAGAAGUGGAAAGGAUCAAAACAGCUGGUGUGGAAGAUAUCUAAGGAGAAGAUAGCAAAUACCUUUAAUUUAAUUUGUAAUAUUAAUGUAUUGGGUUAAAAAUAUAUAUAACUUUUUUUACUUCCUUGAAGUUUGUGUUUGAGAAAUUUUAUAUGAAAAUUGUUAAGGCCAAUGGCAAUAACAAUAACAUUGCUGCUGGUAAUUAAUAAAGUGCUCUACAUGCGGUUGGUUACCCUUGAAAAGUGUUCUGAAACUGCAACUGCUGCAAAAUGCUGUAGCCAGGUUGCUGACAGGUGCUCGAUAUUUUGAUUAUGUCAUGCCAGUUUUGUGUGAUCUGUACACUGUUUACUGGUGUGUUUCUGGCCCCAAUUCAAGGUGCUGGUGUUGACCUUUUGGGCACUGAUUACCUUGAGAACUGCCUUUUUCUGCACAUUUCUCCCGGCAUUGACCAUCAUUUAUGCGAAGCCCUACUCUACAUCCUUCAAUCCCAGGAAGCAGGACUAGCAGUAACUACAAUUUGGGCCUUUUCCCUCCUGUGCAACACAUGUAGAAUGCCAGCUUAGAUGUGUUAGGACCACACUAUAUUGUAUUUGUGGCUGGUAAAAAUAUUAAUUUAAAAGAUUGUUCUCUCUUUGUUGGUUUAUCUUUGUCUUAAUUUUAGUGGAAUUUUAAUUCUUGUUAUUCUUUUUAUUUAUUUUUACAUUACACCAAUAUUUAUUUUACUGGGGAUUUUAUAUAUUUUGUUCUUUGAGUUUAUUUGGAAAUUAAGUGAGGUAUAAUUUUUUUUUAGAGUUAUACAAUCAACAACUCUGUUCAGCAACAUUUGUUGGUGCUGGUGCUGUGAGCUCCUACCAAUAGUCCAUAAUGCCAUAUCUCUCCUAUAUAUUCACUGAGAAGUGUGCCUUGGGUGUUCAUUCUUACUGUUUUAUUACUGAUGUGAUAUUUCCAUCAUGAUCACUCUCUAGUUGAAAUGCCACUGCAGAAUGAUGGCAUUUCAGGAAUUGGCUGGCUAUAACAUUCUAUUUGUGGCAGAGCAAUUGGGUUAUCUGGGAAAGAUUUACCAUCGGCUGAACAAUAUGGCUUCAUAUGAUAUAUUAAUGGCCUAAAAAUGAACUUGGAAUUGAGGUAGGAAUUGAUUAGUUUGAUUAUUUAAUUUCUAUGCCGCUUAAUAUACUAAAAAUAUCUCUCAGGUGGUAUACAGAAAACUGAAGCAACAACAGACGACUUAAAAUAUUUCAAAAAUACACAGUUACGUACAAAAAAGUUACAUUAAUACAAAUAUCUAUACAGUGGAACGUUGGUUCUCGAACUUAAUCCGUUCCAGAAGUCUGCUUGACUCCCAAAAAAUUCGGAAACCAAGACACAGUUUCCGAUUGGCACAGGUGCCCUGGAAACAAUAGCCGACAGCUGCAUUGGACACUUGGCUUCCAAAAAACGUUCGGAAAAUGGAACACUUGCUUCCGGGUUUUCAGCGUUCGGGAGCCGAUUUCUUUGUCAGCUAAGCCAUUUGAGAACCAAGGUUGCACUGUAUAUAAAUCAAUAUCAGUUCAUUUGCCUUUUAACUCACCCUUCCUCUCAGCGUCUGGGUUCUCACCCAGGGUCUAAACAAACACUCAAUUCACCCACAACGAGAAGAGCUCAUGGAAAUAAUGGACAUCACCCUAAUCUUUCACUCUAGACUUUCUUUUUAUGGGCAGGCCCAAGGUGGAUGGCACUUCCUCAGGCUGCACCCAGUGGUGUCCCAUUGAGCUGCACUCUCUACACCAAUUUCUAGGUACAGCAGGUUUGUUGGGUUUCCCAGGGGGGUCUAGAGGAUGGGAAGAGGGAGCCCCUCCACUGACAGCUCUUUCUUCACACUAUGGAAAAUAAAAGAGCCACUGCUAUUCUUAGCAUAAACAUGAAUGAUACUUAACUAUAACAGACAAAAGCGAAUGUUGCUUUACACAGAAGGAAAAAAGGGAGGGUAACAGAAGGGGAAAGUAAAGAAAUUCAGAAGCCAACGUUACAAUUGUCUUGUAGGUUCAUGCAUGCACAUCAUUUUUCUUUGCCCCUGCCCUGGGAGUGCCAAGCAUCACUUGCUGUACCUGUAGUUACUACCUGCUGUCUACUACGGAUGAUGUUUUUGAUACACAAAGGAAUAUUGGUAACAUUCCUAGGCCCACACAUAUUUUAGGCAGGGAUAAGGUCAGUCUUUUGUCAUGGUUGCAUGAUAAAAUUAUGGAAAAGGUGUCAUGCUGACAGCAUGAUAUAUAUUAGAAAUUAUUUUUAAAGGCUUUUCAGAUUUAUCCUGAAAUGUUCUGUAUGCUGCAUAAGGAGCAGUAAGUGCCUGUGCUCAGUGGAGCCUGUGAUACAGCAGUAAUUCUUAUAUCUUAGUUCAGUCAUGCAGCCACACGUCUGGUCCAGGGCAACCCUGUUCUUGAGUGCACCAGUCUGGAAUGGAAAGGUGCUACAUUUCACCUGCAAAUAGGGAUAUAUUGUUUGCCUCACUUGAACAACAAUUGCACCUUGACAUGGGCUCAGUAUUAAGGACUUAUUAAAUCUAAUAUUUAUUAUUCAUAUACUAAUAUUCAGUGUUGAAGAAUUUUGAUCAUGAGUUCAGAUGACAUGCAAAGCCAUAACAUGGCUUGGCUUUGUACAUCACAAGAGUUAAAAAGACAGAGGAUGCGAAAAGCAACUGUGAGCUCUUCUCCAGGAGUCUCCAUGUUUACACAGCUCUGAUAAGCUAUAAUUUGACUUUCUGUGAUGUGGAAGCAUCUGAACCCAGAAUUUUGGUUUGUCAGUCAACUACAAACUUGGCUUGAGUCUGGCUAGAGAUCCUGACUUUUUAAGAAGGAAACAAACCAUAAUCGGACAUCACACUAAGCUGUUUUUUUUACCCACUGAUGUCAAGGCAAGAGAGAAGUAGGAGCAAUUGGGCUUGUGCGCAGUAUGGUUUAUUAAACUAGGGUCCUUGGCUUACUGUUAAAAUGCAAAAGUAGGAAUUCCUUUAUAUAACCUUCUGUGUUACCUUUUCAUGCAGGCAAGUAGAUGGAUAUAUGUACAACUGUUAUAUGUGUAUUUGUUUCCCCCCUUCUCUCUCUAGUACUCGUGAGAGCUUAGCUUCCAACACGUCAAGCAUUGUUGAAAGCAACAGGCGCCAGAACCCAGCUCUCAGCCCUGCACAUGGUGGUGCAGGUCCAGUGUUCAGCUUCCGUGCAACUGCUGACCCGCCAACAAGCGAAACUGAAAAACUCCAGAAACCUGCUAAUUGCCUGCAAGCUUCUGUUACAAGUGUUUGAUAGUGCUUCUGCCUCAGAUCUUCUGUCUCAUCCUAUACAGCCAAGUUUACGACGCUGGGACUGAUGUUUACGUCUUUUGGAGGGGGGAAAAACCAGGCAUCUCAACCGCACAGUUUUUGUGUCUACCUAAACUGUGUUGCUACAUAGGCUAGGGACAACAAAGAAAUCUUUAUUUCAAGGUAUUGCUUUUCACAUUUUGCGGCUCUGUAGCAAGAGAAUAGCAGUAGGGAUAAUAUGUACACUUUUGCUUCACUUAAUCGUAACUGAGCACAUAUAUGAAAGUCUAGACACUGUAAGUGUAAUCUGCAUUUUCAAUGUCAUGCAGUUGCCAACUUCAUUUUAAAAUGCCACAGAUAUGUGAUGCCCCCUACCACUGGUUAAACUAUUUGCCACAGAGAUGGUUCUUUUCCUUUAUAAACUGAGCCUUCAUUGAAAGUAAACAGCUAAGGGUCACCUUGAGGGAAAACAAUGCGAAAUGAGUCUAGGAAAGACCUCAGCUCUACCUGUGAAUUAUUUAUACAUCUGUCAUUUUCACUGUGAGUCUUCAUGACAUGAUCUUGCAAGAAUCCAUAGCAAAAGUAAGUCAAAAGAGGUCGUGUUUUUGGGAAAAGGUGGGGAAUAAUGGAGAUGUUAUCUAUUUUUACUUUGAUUUUUUUAAAGUAUGAGAUGUUUACCUAAAACUUAUUUCUUAAUUUCCCCUAGUUGAAAGCAGGGAUAUAAGACUUUGAAUUGAAGGUGAGGAAGGAGAAACCUAACUUUGAUUGAGGCACAUCACUAAGUGAUAGAAGAGGUAACAGGUGUUUUUUGUUUUUUAAAAUAUAAAAGGCAAGUAAAGUGAUCACUUUUUUAAUGUGUCACUCCAGUUGUUACCCCAAAUUAUUAAUAUUAUUAUUAUUAUCAAAGUAAUUUGGAAGAAGACGAAGAAGGAGAAGAAGAAAAAGAAGAAGAAGAAGAAAGCUCUUUGUGAUACAAAUGAUGAAUUAUGGCCUGAAGGGUUGAUUUCUUUCUAUGGAAGGACAUAUUAUAUUUUUAUUUUAUGUAGCUUUUAGAGUGCCUAAAUUAGGCUAUUGAAACUAGCAUACACUGUAGAGAAAAGAUUUAGAGACUAAUAAACUUCAGGCCUUUUAUUGAAUUACAUUUCUUUGUGAGUAAACAUUGUAUGGAAAUACUUAGUUUAAAAAUAAUCAUGAGUUUUAAAUGUGUCCAGGUGGAUCGCUGAUGAAGAGAGAGAUUAUUUGUUUGAUCUGAGAAAAUGAGAUAUUCAUUGAUGUACUCAAAAGCUUGCUAAGUUUUUCAUCAACAAAGGUUAGUUCAAUAAAAGACAUCGCGUUACCUCUUUUGUGAGUCUCACAAAGUUGAUAGCAGAAGUUCUGUAUCCACAGGUUUAUUAUAUCUAAUGUGUAUGUCCUGAAAUUGCUAAUCCAAAGUAAUCUAUUUUUUAAGAAAAGUAUUCUAGAUUAAUGUUUAGAGAGAUCUGCAAUUUCAAGAGUAAACUUGAAAAGCAUAAAGGGCCAAAUUCUGCUGUCUGUUAUUUAUGCAACCCAGUACUGCAUAAAUUUUGUUUUCAAACAAUCAUAAUGGUGGUACAAGUAGGAUAAUAACAUACAAUAAGAAAGAUCAGAAGCAGUGUAAAUUGUUGUAUGGAUUGACAUUUACACUAUCUGUCUUUUGUUGAUACCCAGGUGAUAUAACCAAGCAUACCAUUAAAGACGGUAUUUUCAUCAGGUACUGGUGAUGAUUUGUAUAACCUGUUCAAGCUUCACUUGUGUUCUGUGUUGUCUUCUGAAAGUGCACUCUUACCUUAAACAGUUUUAAACAGCUUUCAGGUGCUUAUUAAAUAGCUUUACAAACACUGGGCACAAUUGGUUUCAGUUUACACCAGGGUAAAUCAGUCCAUUGCAAAUCCAGGGCACUCUGGUACAUAGGCAGGGACUCAGAUGUGUGUUUAGUACUGAACAAACUGGAGCUCUUCCUUUAACUUUAGUGUUAGGAAAUGCUCCAUACAUGAAAUCCCAUUGUGCGCACUGAGCCUUCUGGGUCCUGUGAAGCUUUGAGUUGUAGCCCUGCUAUCUGGAACAACCAGUGAAGGAUCAGGCCUAGAUACUUGCUUUAUUAUCAUGUAUACAUUCUAUUUGCUACAAGUAGUGAGAUGGCUCAGUGCAUAUAAUGGAGAUUAUUAUGCUGCUUGGUUGGUUAGUUACUUGGCCUCCUGCCUUAUAAAUACAUUUGAAGCUAUGGUAUAAUAACCUAUAAAUGCAUUGCCUGACAAAUCUCAUUCCUUACAUAGGUAACUCUGGGAAUAUUUAAUAUAUGCAGAUUCCAGAGUUAUUAGGUUUUGGGCAGGAAAUUGCUAUACAGAAGCAAUGUGGGGGGAAGGUUUGGAGACAUGCUCUGAUAUUUAUAGUAUGCAUCAAUUCACUACAAUUGCUGGAAUGAUAUCAGAAUUCAUAACUGAAAGUAAAAAUUAAAAUGUCGUAUAAAAAUGUGAAUGAGGAAGAUAUUACCAUGUAUGGGAAAUAUUCUUCCAUUAGUUAAGAUUAUUGAAAUGGAUACAUUAAGCAGUUAUACAAAAGACAUCAUUCCAGUGUUUUAACAAUAAAUUCUCCCUUGGUUGACAUUUAAAGGUCCCCAAAGACGAGCUUUUAAAAGGUCCUGUUAAUAUUGGCAUGGCUAUUGGCCAAUAAUAUGUUUGUGGCAUUUUAUUAGCGUUAAUGUGACUCUCGGAACAUGUUAUAUAAAUGAAACUUACAUAAACAUUCUUAAUGUGCAUUCUUUUCAAAAAGAAAUAUAAAGAAAGUCCAUUUUGAGAUUAUAGACAUAUACUCACAGGAGUGGAGCUUGAGUGUUUUUGUCACUGUUAUCCUGUGAUGAAAUCAUGAUGACCUUAUAUUGCAUGGUUGAUCAUCUAUCAUCCUUCUAAUGUAUCAACUUAAAAGGUUUACAGAACCAGAAUGCGUUGAAUCUCUAUGUUGUGUUCAACUUUAAAGGGUCAACACAAAUCUGUCGGCAUUUUGCACACUUGAUAUGUAUUAUUAUAAUACAACAUGUUACUUUUAUGGUAAAAUUCUUUUUUACACAUAUAACUACCUCCAUGAAUUUGAUGAAAUGCAGCAACAUGUCUUUUUUUAAAAAGGGUAUUGUUAAGAGCGACGUUUAAAACUUUAUGAAGAAAUAGGCCAUGACGUUCUCUUGUGUGUCGGUGCUUGCAUAUGAAGUCAUUUUUCAUUGCCAUGAUUUCCUGUUACUGUAUUCAAUUGGCUUUUGGCUUUAGUAGUACGAGAUUUUAUACAAGGGUCAUAGAAUCUUUUAGAUAAACAAAGGGGAGGGGGGGCUCAAAUUUGUCCUUUGUCUUUCCAUUUCUGCUGAAGUUUCUACCUGGUAGAAAGUCUAGUGUUGCUUGUACUUUAGAAGCCUGUUAAAUAUAUACAGUAUAUGGAAUAUGAUUGGCAGUUUGGGGCUUAGCAAAAGACACACCGGGUAUUUUACUGCCUCCAUUUAAACUCUUUGGGCCCUAUUCUGCCUUCAUUUAUGGCAACAUAUCAUGCCAGAGUUUAGCUUAAAUCUUUGCAUUAUCUGCCUCCCAAGUGGGCCACUGGCGUAAUACGCUCUCAGUUUUCUCAAUCAUGCGCAUCUUGGAGGUUGAAUACUAUAGAGCCCAAUAUUUUUCACAAUGAGAUAAAUAGUCUGAGAUCCUGAUAUUAGUGUUAAUAAUAACAGAACCACCAAAUAAGCCGUAGGAGUGUUUUUCCUUUAAACAUACAGUAAAAAGAGCGAGGAACAGUUAAGAAAGUAUCUUCAGAUGCAUCCUUUGCGAGGGUGGAGGUGACAAAAAUAAGCGCAUUGAAUGGCAGCUGCCCUUCAAGGCUAUGAUUGCUCUAUAAAUGUGCUAGGUAUAUUUUUAGGGGGUUGUUCAGCUAAAUCCAUGCCAUUAUCACUCACACAGAAAUACAAAACAAGAUUGGAGGAGCGUAUUGUUAGAACCUUUUAACUAGUUAAAAUAAUACUGGCUUUAUUGUAGUCAGGGCUGUGAAUGUUCUGUACCUGAGAAAAAAAAAUCCCAAUUCUACAGCAAAGUCAUCCAGAUUCUGUACCAAGAAGAACCAUCUCCUGAGAAAUAAAUAUGUUUUCCCUGCAUCAGCUACCUAUAGAAGAAGGAGAGGAAGGGAGACACACAUAGGAUUGAAGCCGCACACAU